AUGGCCGUCAGGCCCCAGCCCCGUGAGCAGUUUUCAAUGACUCAAAUGAGAAAAGGCUACGUAGAGGUUUGUGGGGAAAGGCAGAUGUACGUUUUUUAUUAGAUGUCCCACCACUUCAUCUUAGAAUUCAGAUAGAGGGUGGGGCAGCUAGAACAAUCUCAGUCCCAAACAGGAUAUUCUUUUCUUUACGUGAUGUCUUAUAGAUGCAAUUAUACACCUUUGGUGCCUGGAAUGUCCCACUUUGGUGGCACUUUAGUUCUUCAGUUGGAAGUGUAAUUAAUCUGUAGUGGUUAUGGUGCCAGGAGUGCUCUGAUACUGUCCCAGUUUAAUUAUUCUAACAAUUCUAGAAUUGUUUUACAACUUACCCGGGCACCCAUGUUUCUUCCAGUCUUCUCAUGCACGAGAAUCUGGGUGGCUCUGAGGAUGGCUGAUCAUAUACUGUGCUUCUUGACUGAGGGUGCUCAGUGAUGCUCUCAGCCAGUGAGUGUAGCCUUAUUUAGUUCAAUAGCUGAAUUUCCCUGCAAGAAGAGCCCGGAAGCAGGGUAUGUAGACUGUGCAAGUGGCUGUUGUUAUAAAAGGUAUCCAUGUUUAAAAUGGAAUAAUGAGGCAAAAAUGUGAUUCUUUGUUAAGCUAAUUUGCAUAUGCCCACCCAGAAUCCCUUGCAGUAGUAAUAUCACUGCAAAUUUGAGAGUUCUAUGGGAAAAGCAAGUCUUAUGGCUUGACUGGUGUGCAGAUCUGGUUUUAACAAUGUAUUGACUAUCCACUGACUUCAGAUGUGAUGGAUUUUAAAUCACCUUUUACCUACCAUAACUUUUUUGGUUUGUGUGUUUAUAUUAUAUGUGACUUUUAAAAAAUGCAAGUCUAUUCAUAAUCAUGUGACAACAUGACCUAAAACCCUUAACCCAUAUGAAAGAGCUGUUUAUUGUUUGCAGUUUAGUGAAUAAACCCCAGAUACAAAAGUACAAUAAGAACACGUUAAAUAAUAGAACAUUAUGGAGUCCAGAUGGCUCCAAUGCUGAUACUUUGAAAUAAUAAGAAAACAUCUUACUCCAAACCUAAAUACAAUGAGCAGUACGAUUCUAGCAUAUGGCAGUGCUCCCAGUAAUUUUAACAUAAGAAGAAUGAUGGCUCUUACCAAGCCAAUGAAAGAUUUAUAUAUUUUAUACAAGCACAUUCCACUUUUAUAUUAUAAAAAAUAUCAAAUUGUACAUUGAAAUGGGUCCUAAGUAGGUAACAAGGAACAAAUUCACUGGUAGUGGGUAUUCUGUUACAAGUUGAGGUCAGGGAAAAAAAACAACUAUAGCCUUCACCCAAAACAUGUUCUGUUUGUUAUCAAGAUUAUAGAUCGAAUUAUAUCCAGUGCAUAUAUUUGCAAAGCUCAGAAACCUUAAAUUGUUUUUAUGUAACACACUUAUUGUACUUGCUUACCUAUUGGCAUCAUAGAGCCUUUUUAUAAGGGUCACAAACCCAGUGGUGAUAAGAUCUACUGUAUUUACAAAUUAGCUUUGGAUCAACAUUCUAAAAGUGAUGCAGUCACCACGGAAACCUUUGAAAAAUAUGGCUCCAUAACUAUCACAGUGGAAUGUGGUAGUUAUGGUACUUUUAAUAUUUAUUUAAAGUGAACCUGUUAUGUACAAAUGUAGAGUAAAUACUUAAUUUAUGGCUUAAAAAAUAUAGUAUAGUAAAAUUAUAGUGUUAGGAAUAAAGACCUAUAUUCUUAACACUAUAUUGCCCUCUGAUCCCGAACUCCCCCAGUGGCAAAAGUUCUUUUUAAACGUCCUGAUUCCAGCACCGAUGACCCUUGGUGCUGAGUCGUGUUCUUCCUCCUUGACUUCAGCUGAUGGAUGGGGACCUACUGCACAUACACAGCAAGCACUGCGAAUACAUUAGGCCUUCUUCCCCUUAUGCUUUCCUAUGGGGUUCAACAUGCUGGACAUCAUUAUGUAACUAAUCUUAAAUUAAAGGGACACUAUAAAGACACCCAGAUAAUUUCAAAGAGAUAAAGUGGUCUAGGUGCCUAUAGUGUCCCUUAAUUUAUAGUGUUCUUUAAUUUAAGAUAAGUUCCUCAGUUGCAUUAAUGGCAUUCUACAAUUCCUAGCACAGAGGUGUGACUGCUCACACAGCUACCUAUGGAAUCCAUAUUUUAAUUUAACCGUUGUUUAUGACAUAGAGAAAAAGAUCUGAUGCCUUACUAUGUCCCCAGCAGUGCCACUUGUCAUGAAGUAUUCCUUUGAUGCAUUCUCCUACUUGCCUGACAAUGCAGAUCAGUGACAGAUGAUGUCAUCACAUGUCCUUUUUGUCAUCAUAUGUUGGGUGUUAAAUUUAAAGUGACUUUUCUUUGAAUUUCCAAUAAUUCUCACAUUCGCUAAUAACCAUCAUAUUGAUUGUUGAUUUACAAAACCUGAAUUUGUGGAUUAUUGCCCCAAAAAAUCAUUUGCAUUUCUCUUGUCAAUUCUACAGACUUUCCUGACUAGCUAAUAAAGCACAUAGCCUUUGAAUAUUGAUUGCUGACAUAAAUAUAAAGAGCUAAUCAGUCAAAAAUCUUCACAAAACUUUCCACUUCUUUUCAAAGUUAUAUUUAAUACAAAGUAAGGGGGUACUUUCUUUUUUUUUUUUUUUAAUACAAAAGCUUUAAAAAAAACCCACAAAAAACAAACAAACAAAAAAAAAAAACCUCAAACACACUAUAAUAUAACAUUAUUUAUUUCCUUGUUUGUGUGUUGGAAUUUGUCUCAAUUGAGUACCCACAAUACACUGCAAGAGCAUGUCGAUGUGGAACAGGACACUUACAGAAAUAAUUAUAUCUCAGGAAUAUGAAUAGUGCAUGAGAAGACAUGAUAUCUGAUCCACGUCAUAGACAAACUCUUACCUGGAGCAAGGUAUGUCACAUACCCUGUGGAAAAUGCAUUCAGUCCAUUUUAAACUGUUCAUUUACAGCUACAGUUACAAAAAAGGAGUGGCUUUGGAAAUUGGUUUUAAACUAAAACUGCACCUGUCGGGAAAACGUGACUUUUGAAGACGUUUUAUUUAUACAGGGAGAGUUGCAUGUCAAGAUAUAGCGAGGGGUACAUUGUAACCAUGAUGCAAUUGUCUGUGGAUGGACUGGGUGACAUCGGAAGUACAGAAUACUUUGUGUCCUUUAAUAGGUGCCAACGUGUCCAUAAAUAAAGAACCACAUAGAAGGUCUAUUAGCUGGUUAAAUAGUUGUAUCCAUUUAUUAUUUUUAAUGUUAUCAUUUAUAUGGCGCCAACAAUUAUAGAAAGGCAUAUAAAUAUUAGAGGCAAAGAGGGCCCUGCGCAAAUGAGCAUACAAUUUAAAUUAUAACAAAUUCAUUAAAAACUGUGUAUACUGAUAGCUUUAUCACCGAAGAGUUAGUUUAGAAGUGACAAGUAAUAUAGCAAGAGGGGAACAUGUGAUCAAUAUUGGCAUCGGUUUAAAGGAAGACACUCAUCCAACCUGGCACUAGACAGAUUCAAUUAGAGGAGGGUGUAACUGCCUAAGCAUGUCACGGCUGGAUAUCUGGGAAGAUCUAAACCAUGGAUCGCUUUUUGGAUGGCCCAAGGCCAACCGAUAUAUUAGAUUGAAAAUGUUUAUUAAAUUUUUUUAAAUUUUUUUUUAAAGAUAGUUCAACUUACCCUUUCUCACAUAACCUGUAUAUCUACUGUAGAAACAGCCAAGUUUCAGCCAGCAAGCUACUGAUAAUGUAGAAGGCCCUGGAGCUACCAUUUGUCAUGUUUGUGGGAACCUGAAACCACGUUUCCUGGUUCUGGCUUUUUUUUUUUUUUUUUAAAUGUGCUGGAACUUUAAAGGUUACGCCAAGCAUCAUAACUACUGUACAGCCCACUGUACUGGUUAUAUAGCCAAGCUCAGAAUCUCCUAUCCUGCCAGGUGGGGUAAUUUCGGGUUCUGCAUAGCUGCAGAAGCCAGAUACCAAUCCUGCCGCAUUCAAUGGCUGAGAGCGCCAGCUGACCGGUCCCAACUCUUGCUAAUGCCAUCGCAGUGAUGCUGCUGGAGGUGGAGUUACACUUUCGGCAGCAAAUGGGCUACGCUCUAUAUGUGCAGAACGUCAAAGCAAAGUGCUGCACAUAGAGACUACAGGCACUAUGACCACUUCAAAUCCAGUGGAUAUGGUGCACGGAGUAUCCCUUUAAUAAAACUCUGAUGUGACAUUUUCCGAAAUAUGAGAAUACCGUGUAAACUGUGUUGGAUAAAUUAAAUUAGAUAGGCAUCCCCCUAUUUAUCUGCUUAUGUGGUAAAGGUGGGAUUGAUCUCAGGCGAAAACUACUGGACCUUUGUUGGGUCAUCCUAAAACAUUUCUGAGUAUACGGUGACAAAUUAAAUGUGUGUAAAUGUAUGUAUAAGCAUUGGCAAAACCCCACACACAGCCCUUCACACAGGUCCCAAAUAGGCAUGUGACAAAACUUGCACGUACAGACCAAAACUCUACCUUAGGCUACUGGUCUUAGUGAGAUGGGAUUUUACAUUGUGAACUUGUCUGAGCAGGGCCAUCCCUGCCUCUCGUUUCUGUUAACUUAUGUUAACUUGCGUGUACAAUUUCUAUAAUAUAUAUUUUUUUCUUUUCUAUACAUGGAUCGCUUUUUGGAUGGUCCAUUGCAAAAUAUAUUGUCUGUCUCUAAAUAUGCGGAACACUGAAUACUCUACACAUUAGCAAUUUUGCAACAUGACUUUUGCUAUCACAGUGAUCAAACUGUCACCCGUUAGAAUAGAUCUUAUGCAUUUUUUGCGUUGUUUCUAAUGAUUUAAUGUGGGGACAGCAUGUCCACAUUUUACACUAAAAAUAGAAUUUAUCUACACAAGUAGGAGAUGUUUUCUAGUCUAAUCAAAUAGGUGAGAUUACAGGAUAUGUUCAUGGUCAAUCUUUGCUUUAAACUUGGAUCUGAAAUCAGAAAUUCAAAUGCUGUGCACAAAUUGCUAAUAGUGGAAAACCUGGUUAAAGUUUAACUACCUUCGUAAACUAUGCUGUGUCUGUAGUUUGUUUAAGUGGACUGUAGCCUGAUUGUGCAAAGAUAUAACUGGACUUUGGGGCCUUUAUGGGUUCAUUUGUUUUAGCUGUUGUGUCACGGUACGUUUUUUAGACUCAACCUCUGGAAAGUUGUGAAAGAAAGUUGUUUUGUGUAAGUACAGGUUGCUAAUCUGUAUCCAGUGUUCAUUUUGUGACUCCAUUUAAUACAUUUAUACGUCUAAUAUAUUUUUAUUCAGAUAAAUAAAUAUUAACGAUGAUAAGGCAUACCAUAACACAAUGAUUUGAACUGACAUACUAUUUAUUAUACGAUGGUAAAAUUAAUGCUUAGCAGUUGGAAGCACUGAUAUGACAUGGGACCAGCAGUGUUUUGCUUGAACUGUAAAAACAAUCUCUCCUGUUUCAUAAAGGUGCUGACGGCUUCUAAAAACAAUUAGCGCUGUAGUAAUUGUGAUAACACUCCAGGUGAAAAGGAUGCGGAGUACCUAGCUGCAUGCUUUUAUGUUGUUACAUGGAGGAGAUUUUGUCUGUAAAAUAAAAUGGAGACAUACGACAUACGAAAGAUUUGACAAUUUACCUUGGGACUUCCAGGUGCCAGAUAUGAGUGUUCAUUAACGCCAAUGAGCAAAGCCUUGCCAGACAGGGCUUACUGAUUGCGAUAGCGGAUGCUCUCGGCCAAUCAGCCAAUGAUCUAUGCACUCUGACGCCUGCCUUAGCGCAAUGCAGGAAGUUUUUCGGUAGCCAAAGAGGCACCUAAGGUAAGUUAUCAAACUAUUUGGAAAUGCUUUGACUACUUAACCUUUAAGAGUGCCAGGGCCCUCUUGGCACUAUGACUACUGAAGUGUGCUGUAGUGGUUAUGGUGCUUGGAGUAAAACCCUUCGAAUGUAACCCAAGUAAAACCGGGUUUGACAAAAUUGCUGCAGUUCCACAAGCCAUAAAAGAAUUGUAGGAUUUAAUGGCACAUAUCGUUCACACACACACAUUUUAUUACUCAUAUUUAAAAUAUAGUGUGUAUGUUUCUACACAUACACUUUAUCAAAAUAUAAUGCAUUUAUAUUAAUUUAUAUUCAUGUAGUAUUUUUGUUAAUGUUAAUACAUUGUGAAUUUCCUGCAAAAUGAAAGGGAGCAUGCCUCUGCCAGAAGAGAUUAGUUUUUACAGAAUUACAGCACUCCUCGGAAUGCAAACAGUUCUCUCUUUAUAAGUUGUUUGUGAUAAUAAUGGUCUUGGUCAAGUUGAUAACUCCUUGAUAUGAAUGGAAUAAUACGCCAUUGUGAGGUGUAAUGUGAAAUUAAAGGUUUGCUAUUACAGUUCUGUAUAGAAGGUGCACGGUAUCAAGGUAUUUUGGAUGAGGUUUUUUUUUUUAACCUAUGGAUGUAAUAAUAUACUAGAAUCACUCUAAGCAUUGCUGGUGUAAAAUGCAUUCGGUCCAUCGCUUGACUUACCCUCCCCUGCCCUUGUCUCCAAUUGCUAUUUAUAUUUGAGUUCUAUUAGUUAUCUGGCAUUGUUCCUCAUAAGUUGUAACGAGCCAGACUCUGCCAGAGAUUCCAAUUUUUGGCUGGUCUUUUGAGCUAUGAUGCUGGAUUCAGUCUUGAAUGUAACGAAAAGGGGCGCUAGAUUUUCAAGUAGAUUUGAUGGAUUUGUAAUUAGAGCAAUACCAAAAGUUCCUGUGUCCUCAUGAGAUCUGCGUUGGUUAACCUCCUAUAGGGUGGCGAAUAGAAGAGGCGUAGAUUGAGGGGAGAAUUUUGAGCACAGAAUGAAGAGGGUUAAAGGGCACCUGUCAUGCCCCAAGCAACCCAUGCUCAUUAGACUGAGUAAAAUAUUGUAUCUAUACAUUGUGCUAGCAGUUCUGCUAGCAAAUGUAUAGAUUAGGAGAAAAACCUGUUUAAAAAACUUUUUUUUUUUAACACAGCUGUCAGUCAGUGCCUCGGCGUGCCAAGAUACUGGGAGAGCAGAAAAGACCUCCCACAGGAAGUCCCUCUGUUCUCCUCCCAUAGCAACUGCAACACAUGCGCUGUGGUUUCUAUUGGUGACUCAUCCCCAUUUACAUUUUUGCACCACUUUUUAGCACAGAAGACUUACAAUGCAGUGUGUGCCUUGUCUGUCCCAUGACUGGACAUCAAAUGAUAAGUCUUUAAAAUAUUUUUUUUUUUAGAAAAAUUGACUUAAUAUGAAAAACAGGCUAACAAUAAAUAGGUGAUUUUCACUAUUUUAUUCAAUGUGUAAAAUAGAGCUAGGCUGAAAUAACUCCAAGCUUGACAGGAAUAUUGUGCCAACCCUGAGUUUGAAUAAAGGUUUAUGUCCUUCCCAAGUCACUUAUACCGGCCUCAAAUAACGCUACUUAAAGAAAUGUAAUAAAAAAAACAUAAAAUGAUACUCCAGCCUUCUUCCUUCCUAUAAUAUGUUAUGGAGAUAUUGCAUUACAAUUUGAAAAAUCAUUAUUACAAAAUAGAUACUUGAACAUGCAUUAUUUUUGUACAUUGUCCUCACAGAAGCUGCAUGUUGCCAAUAGACUGUCUGUCUGAGAUGAACAUAUCCCUUAAAAUUCUGAAUCAUGAAAAGCCAUGCGUUAAAUGCUUAUGAAAUGAUUUGUUGUCUGCUAAGCACUCAAAAAAAUAAUGUAUAUGUUUAUCCUAAUCCCGCGGCAUUUGUGAUAUGUAAGCUAUAUAGCUCCUUUCUUUAUUAAAACAUUGGCACAGUGCCAUCUCAAGUUUUAGUCAAUGGAAUAUUAAAGACAGGUUUUAGAUAUUCAGGAUGCCUGUGAAAUUGAAAAUAGUUCAGAUUUAAUUCAUACAUUCUGGCAGCAUGCCUACCUUGUGUUGUUGUGAAGAUAACUGGUGUCAUUUCAAAGAGCAGUUGGCCGAUGUGCUUUUGUAUAGAACACUGGAACCUUCAAAGAUCAACUGUCUGAGAGAUGAACCAAUUGUAUUAAAGCAGAAAACUCUAUUUCAACUUCAACGAAAAAACCAUAAACACUUUCCGAAAAUAUAAAGUUUUUUUUUCUUUUCUAUGUUUUAAAUAGUAUGACCUUGCUCUUGUGUAUUUCUGUUGAGAAAUGUUUACUUAUUGCAGAAGUAUUGUCCUGUCUCCCACAUGAGCUUUAGUUUUUUUUCUGGCACAGAAUUAAAGGAAAUGUAGUCCAGCAACUACAGAGAGGGGCAGUUUGAGAUAUGUUUCUAAGUGGAUUUAGGAAAGACAUUACUUAUUGCGGGUUUAAAGCGAUGCUAUAGUACAAAGCUGUAUUCCUGGCACUAUCGCUCACCCUGAUUUCCCCCUCCCUUGUGCUCUCCUUUCACGGUAAAUAAAGGCUUAAAAACCCUUUCUUUACUUACCGAUGUCCCUCUGCGCUGGUUCGAUGCUUCACCCCUUCCUCCGUCCCGCAACGUGCAGGCUCUAAUGCGCAUGCGCGUCAAAUGCGCACGCAUUAGACCUCCACAUAGGAAAGCAUUGAAUCAAUGCUUUACCAUGGGGAAAAAAUCUAACGCUGGAUGUCCUCAUGCAGAGCGUGAGGACGUCCAGAGUCAGAUAUCGGACGAAAGGUCCGUUUCAAAUCAGGAAGCCCUCUGGGCUGCCUGGAGGCAGACUUAAAGCUACAAUGUACAAUAAUGCAGUUUCUAUAGAACUCCAAUGUUUUACGUUGCAGCACUAAGUGCAAAAGGGACACUGUACCCAGACCACUUCAAUGAGCUGAAGUGGUCUGGGUGCCUAAAGUGUCCCUUUAGACUUCUUUUGUGAACAAUAUAUGUGAGUGUUUUCAUCAUAUCGUAUUGAUUACUGUAAUUGUGCUAGUGUACGACUAAUUUUUUUACUGUGUAUUUUUUCUGUAUUAUUGCAGCUCUGAUUGGGUGGAGAUUAUCGAGCCGCGCACCCAUGAGCGGAUGUAUGUAAACCUUACAACUGGAGAAUGCGGUUGGGAGCCACCACCGGAUGUCCGCGUGCGCCAGUCUGGUGAGAACCAGUGGUGGGAACUGUACGACCAGCAGAGUGGUCGCUUCUACUAUUACAAUGCCCUGAGCCGUCAAACCGUGUGGCAUCGUCCGCAGCAAUGUGACAUCGUUCCCCUGGCAAAGCUACAAGCUGUAAAGCGUGCAUCACAGCCAAAUCUCUUUGGACGAGCCAGCCAGGAGCGAAUCGCUCAUUCCGGUAGCAUCAGCAGUGAUGGAGGAAACACACCUAUCGAUAUUCUAAUGUUUCAGGAUGCAGAGUUUUUAAAGGAAGGAGCCAAGAGGAAGGGAGACAGUGUGGAUAGCAGAAAGGAUUCUGGGAGGUGAGCUGCUCACAAUGCUUGUUUAUGAUGCCGUUGUGUCAGUUUUGCAAAUUGUAUGUAUGUGUAAGUGAAUUCAUAGGGUAUUUAAUCUAAACACUCAAUUAGAGCUAGUUGGAACUGUAAUAUGACACCCAGCAAAAUCUAAAGUGAUUUUUUUUUCUCUCUCUAUCGAGACCGGUCUGUGCAAAGCCUUAAAACCAGUAAAACAAGAUUACAAUAAAGCAUUUUUUUUUUCUUAAAAAGGGAGAGGCAGCUUUGUGUAUAUGCUAAUGUUGUUCAAUUAACUGUCUGCAGAGGGUUUUCGUAUGGUCCAAGGCCUGCAUUGAUACUGCUGGGUGGAUAGUAACCCUUUCGUCAUCAAGUAAUUCAUUCAAUAUCCUAAAAAAACAAUCUGCUAUCAUGUCAUCACUAAGGGGUUUAAUCAUUAAAAAGGGAAUGGGAAGGGGGCUGGGCUUGGAUGCAAAGCGGGACAGUCGCAGCUUGCUUGAGCUCCCGAGAAAAACCUACACAAUAAGCUAUUUAGGGGGUGCAAUUACUCUGCAACUUGAAUCCCAGACACUGGCACACACGCCUGGCACCCCGAUAGCAACUCCGGUGCUGGCUCCAGGCUUUGCCACUGCGGCUGUUCGACGACUGCGGCCUCCAACUUAUUGUGGCCUGGUGUGGCUUCGGCGGGAGACGCGGCUGAUCUCUCCCUCUGGUGCUUCCCGGACCUACUUGCUGACUGCCAGAGCUGGUUUUUGCCGGAGCUUUUUUAUUUUAUCAAAAAAUUGUGCUCUCUGUCAACUGCCAUGAUGCUCUGAAAUGUUUAUGUAAGCGUGUUCCACGCUGUUGUGGCGUUACAUGCAUGUUUGUGAACCUGAGCACUACCAAAUAUAAUAGAUAAAAAAAAAUUAUAAUUAUAUUAUAUAUAUAUAAUUUUUUAAAUUUUUUUUUAUAUCUUUAUUUUGGUAGUGCUCAGGUAUAUAUAAUAUAUAUAAUUGCAGAAUGUAUUCUUAAAAAGUUAGUCCAAGCACUAUGGUGACUUCAGUGAGUUGAAGUGGUCAUGGUGCCUGAAACGCUUUGAAACACUGCACAUGCAAAGUUUAACCCCUUUGCUGCAGGAGGUGUAACUUAAACUUAGGAGCGUCGAUAGAUAGCUCAGAAAAAGAGUUCCCAGCUGGCUAAUGUCAAUUCUGUGCAUAUCCCUAUGCACAAAAUUCCAUUCAUUGGCUGAGAGUGGUCAGCUGAUGCUCUCAGCCAAUGGAUUACCUGCGGGAUCGAGUUCCAGCUUCUGCAAGUCUGCAGAAGCUUGUUGUCGUCACUGGUGACCCAGAUAAGGGGGCAAAACUUUGCUAAAUAGUUUGCCCCAUUAGUGGUAGCAGCGUAUUGUAGUAAUUAGGAUUCCUUGAGUAAUAGUCAAGCUGUCACUCUAGCGGAGUUGGAGAAUAUUUCCAUUUCCCUACAAUUUGCUUUUUAGUAGAUAAAUCCCUUAGUAUGUUCUCUGUUUGUAUUAUUUUGCCUCAUUGACCUGUCCCGAAAUUAGUCAGUGUUUUUUCUUUGAAUGAUGUAAAUCAAGGCCAUGACAAAGAGUGUAUUUUAUUUUAUUAAUAGUGUUGUCAGCCAUCUGAUGUAUGUUUAUACAUCAUUUUACAAGCCCAGUCACAAAAGAAACAAGUUGAUUAAUUCCUCCUUUCAGGUCGUGCAUACUUUGUGCACUGCAAAUUCACUCCAAGCUAUUGCAAGAUGGUAUUUGGCUCCCCAAUGGAAUCCUAUAUUGUUUAUUUUGUUAAUUAUAAGCAGAACGUUUCCACUGAAAAGAAUAGAAAGUAAUGAAACAUUUCAGAUUUAGCUGCAAAUCCCACCUCUUGGAACACAUGCUAAAGUUAUACAUUGCUGGAGUCAUUUGCAUAUUGCUACCCAGACUGCCUUGCAGAUGACUGUGAUCUCUGUGUUUAGGGAUUUUGUGAAAUCUCAGUUAUUUGUAGGUAUUGGUGUUUAUUCAAAAGACAGAAUUAUGAUGAACUGAAAUCAAAUUUGCUAAAUUUACAAAUAUAGGCCUUGAUUUAAUAAGCUUUCCAAAUGAUUUCACUGAAAAUACUCCCAUAGACCGUAAAGUGACUUCUGCAGAUAAACUAUUUGCAGCUUUUUCUAACACUAGUAUUGAAUAAUUUGGAAAUAUUAUAAAAUCAAGGCCAUAUUUGGCAAAAAAGACAAAUAUUACCCAGUAAUGCCAGGAUGUAAAAUGUUCCGGGCUGCCUAAUGUCAAUUCUGUGCAUAUCCCAAAGCACAGAAUUACAUUAGUUGGCUGAGAGCGGUCAGCUGAUGUUCUCAGCCAAUAGAUGGCCUUUAAUUGUUCUAAUUGAUUAACAAAAGAAAAUUCAACCAAACCAGGUGUACAUGUGACAGCAGUAUGAGCUGAGCUUAUUGUGGACGCAGAAUUUGAUGCUGUUUGUGGACAUUCCGUGGGUGUUGGAUGUCUAUUGAUGUGAUAUAAGUGAAAUGCAUUCUGGAUAUCUUGUUACAGUCCUUUGGGCGAUCGUUGGCUGUUACAAACUUCUGGUUACAUUUUUGAGCUGGCUACUAGAAUCCACUUACAUUUGUCAAUUUCUUACUCCCGCCCUAGACAUGUUUAGGUGUCCAUCUGUACACAUUGCAGGGAUAUUGGCUGGUUUUUAUGCUCUGCAGAUCUCCUUGCAAUGAUCAAAUAAACUCAAAAGAUGCAAAAAGUAAACAUCAGAGUUAUGACAAACCUACCAAUUAAGCGCUAAUAAAAAAAUAUUAGCGUGUUUUGCCAUUUGAAGGAUAUUAAAGGGACACUUUAGUCACCAGAACAACUACAGCUUAUUGCAUUUGUUCUGGUAAGUAAAAUCAUUACCUUCAGGCCUUUUGCUGUAAACACUGUCGUUUCAGAGAAAAUGCAGUGUUUACAUUACAGCCUAGUGAUAACUUCACUGGCCACUCCUCAGAUGGCUGCUAGAGCUGCUUCCUAUCCCAGUCUUGCCUAGUUUGAAUCACAACAUUCAGUAUCUCCUCCCUCUGCACACUGACCUUUCUUCAUAGAGAUGAAUUGAUUAAAUUCAUCUUUAUGAGGAGAUGCUGAUUGGCCAGGGCUGUGUUUGACUUGUGCUGGCUCUGCCCCUGAUCUGCCUCCUUCACAGUCUCAGCCAAUCCUAUGGGGAAGCAUUUUGAUUGGCUCAGUACAACACUUCUGAUGAUGUCAGCAGGCAGCUUGCCAUUAUGAGGCAGACAAGGACAAAAAACAGCAGCUUCAGGCUUGAAUACAAGUAAGAUUUUACUAUAUUUAGGGAGGCAAGAGAGGGCCAGUGGGACUAGAUGAAGGUUUUAACCCUACAGAGUCAGAAAUAUAUGUUUGUGUUCCUGACCCUAUAGUGCUCCUUUAACUUCUGCAGUAUAGUCCCUGCUCUCAGUGCUUGGGAUUGUACAUUUAUCUUGUGCACUACUGAUUCUGCUUCCAGACAUGGCAAAUAGGCCUUUGAAAAGUUUAUUCACAGCAAACAGGCAAAUGGGUUGUGACAAGGACACCUUUUAUGGCUAACAGAUGUUCUAGCUUUCUUCCUCCCUGGGCUCCCAACCAAGCCUGAACUAGAUUGGCAGCGAGCAAAAUCCUGCUUUAACCUUUUUGGCACCAGAGGGUUUUCUCACCCUUCUGGCAGUAGAAAGGUUUUGCAGAGGGGGGAAAAAAAAGGACUGUAUUUUAUUUCACCUGGAUGUGUUUUCACAAUUUCACUAAUAUUUCCCAGCCGCAGUACUUGGCAAUAUUUAUUGCCUAUAUCAGAAAGGGGGGGGGGGGUAACCACUAAGUAAUUAAACCAAUUCAAAAUGAAAAACACAAUUGACACACUUCCCAACCUUACUGUAAUAAAAUGUAACCUUUAUUAGAUCAAUAAUAAUAAUAAUUAUUAUUUAGUAGGCACCAACAUAUUCCGUAGUGCUGUACAAUAGGUGGACUAACAGACAUGUAUUUGCAACAAGACGAGCUGCAUGCAGAGGAACAGAGGGUGCUGAGGGCUCUGCUCAAAUGAACUUACAUUAUAGAGGGUUAAAUAUACCAAAUAGAAAUAAUGAAAAACAUGCAAUUGAAAUAUUAUAGUCUGCUAUAGUCCAGGGAUUAAGGAGUCAUUUGCAUAGGGUAACUUAAUAUAUAGGAAACUAUGUCUAUAUAUAGACAAUGGAAAUACUAAACUAUAUAUCCUAUGAGUCUAGCUAAAUAGAAGAUCUAGCUGCUAGACCAAAAUAGUUGCAAGGCUGUGAGAUGCGUGCAAAUCACAAUUAUGCAGUAUAUACAAGUUAAAUUCUUAUUGCAGUAUAUUUCACUAAUUAACAGAGUAGAUAAGAAAAGUAGUGAUAAAUAAUAUUCUUCUGAUGGACAGAAAGCAUAAAAAUAAUAAUAAAAAAUGUAUGAUAGAUCUCAGACGUACGCAAUUGCAAAAGAAAGAAGAAAAUCUACCACAACUAGAGGACAUAGUCUUAAAUUAGAGGGGCAAAGGUUUAAAAAUAAUAUCAGGAAGUAUUACUUUACUGAGAGGGUAGUGGAUGCAUGGAAUAGCCUUCCAGCUGAAGAGGUAGAGGUUAACACAGUAAAGGAGUUUUAAGCAUGCGUGGGAUAGGCAUAAGGCUAUCCUAACUAUAAGAUAAGGACAGUGACUACUGAAAGUAUUUAGAAAAUUGGGCAGACUAGAUGGGCCGAAUGGUUCUUAUCUGCCGUCACAUUCUAUGUUUCUAUAUAGGGCAAAGGAUGAGCGCAGAAAAAGUAAAUGUAAAGUUAAACUCCAUAAAUUCGCCAGAAGUACCAAAUAUAUACAAGUCAGACUAAAGUAGAGGCAAAACAGACUGGUAAAUAUAUUGGGUAACCAUUAACAACACUAAAAAGCUAUAUAGUAAAUAGAAAACACUAAAUGAGUGUGAAGUAUGGAAGGAAUAAAAUGUAGCAACCUAUACACCAGAGGUGGCUAAAACGGUUUUUAAAUUUUGUUAUAUAUUUUUCUUUAUUGUGGUUUUUUCAUAUACAGCUGAGACUAGGUGUUUAAACCAUAGAACUACAGUACAUUGCAUUUGUUUCUUAAAUGAAUGUCACAAUUUAGGUAUUACCACCUAUUAGCAUUUAAAGGGACACUAUAGUCACCCAGACCACUGCGUCUCAUUGAAGUUGUCUGGAUACAGUGUCACUGUCCCAUUUAGUCCUGCAAUGUGAAAAACUGCAAUAAUAAAAUCCCCAUAGGGUGAGGGAGGGGGACCAGAGGGCUCUAUAGUGUUAGGAAUACAGCUUUGUAUUCCUAACCCUAAAUAAUUUCAUCAAGUUCUAAUUUAACUGACUCUACUCUUUAUCUUCUACGUCUAGGGGGCUAAUUAGAUACCCAGUUGAUUUAUAACAUCAGUACUACUAUAGUUUGCCUACUUCAGGUAUAAAAAUAUAAAUUUUUUAGCAACCUUCCCGGCGGCAGUCAUGAAUGCUUUAACCUCUAUGUGUAAGGACGCAUCAGAGUCUUCCUGGCACCAUACCAACUUCAUUUUAAUGAAGUUGUUAUGGUGCCCGGAGUGUUCCUUUUAAACAGUACAUUAGCUGCCCACUGCGCCUCCUGUUGCUUAGAUCCCUGUACCAGUUGCUUAGUUCACCCAAAUGGUUGGGCUGGCUUUGCACAAUGUGCAAAAGGCCGCACUUCCUGGAAAAAAGCACGGAUGUCAUUAAAAGGAACGUGACAGUGUUUGAUCUCCACCUCCGUUGUCCUGACAUGGGUGUCAGUGGAGAUCAAAAUAUUGACAUUUCCUUUUUGUUUAUAAUAAGUCAAUACAUAUAUUCAACAAGUUGUGUCCGCACAGCCUUUUCUUUACUUUGUGCGUGCAUAUAAAUAUAUCCGCAGUUACUUGUAAAAAGAAAACAUGCACUUUCUUUCUUAUGUAACUUUUACACAUUCUCGCUGUGUCUCUUGUCCGUGCUUGCAUGCAUACAUACAUACACAUAUUCAUGCAGUCUCCCAUACACACCCAGCCUGGCACGGGAACAGAAGCUGUAGGGUUUGCUGAGUUGAGCAGCUGUUCCAGGAAUCUGUUCUGUCAGCAGAUAGGAGUGUGCUAUCUCACCCUGUGCACAAUACUUUCUUUCAUGAGAUAACUUGCUGGGUCCAUGCAGCGUGGACAGCUGCAGCAUUGUCUUGAUUUGGGAUUGGAGGGGAAACAACUCUACAUGCCUUCUUGCUUCCAUCAUUAACCACAGUCUGCGAGAGACAUAUCCGCAAGACCCCUAAAAUGUCACAUGAGUCUUUCUCCACCGGAGUACCCAGAAAUAAAAAAAACUUGCUCAGGACUCGAUCGUUAUGCUGUUUGCAAUAUGAUAUACAAGGGAGAUAUUCAGUCAAAAGUGAUAUAUGUACCAGAUAUUAAUUCUGUAAGAAACAUUUUUGCAGAAUAUACCAUGUUUUUUCUUAGCACAGAGUUGAAAGAACACUACAUCCUUGCACCCCCUUAUUUGUAGAGAUAAUAUAUUAAAAAGGAAGGCCCCACCAUAUAUAUAUAUAUAUAUAUAUAUGUUACCACUCUAUUUUAUUAGUUUGUGGCUGAUCUGAAGGGACAAGUAUGUGGCUGACAAUUGUCAGUCAAUACUGUCCUUUCUAUUAUCAGUAGGAGGACAUUGAAUGUCCUUCAUAUUGCUGCACAGGAUUGGCUGAUGGGAUAUGUAGUCCACCACUCAGUAGUAAUUCAGUCCAAGAAGGUACCACUGUGCCGUUUUUAUUAGUUAACUUAAUAGCUUCAUUAGUUUCUUACUUAAUUCGUGCAGAGAGUUAAAACUUAAAGGCAUGAAGCAGUUUUUGUGUAUUUGGUGAAGCGGUUUUUGGUCACCCUCUCAAAUCUUAGCCAUAGAGGAGUUAAAUCCCUUUUUUACACAGCCCUAGUCACACCUCCAUGCAUGUGACUUGCACAGCCUUCCUAAACACUUUCUGAAAAGAGAGACCUAAUGUUUACACUUCCUUUAUUGCACAAUCUGUUUAAUUCAGAAUGUCCUAUCUUCUGCACUGUUAAUAGCCUUCGAGGGACCUCUCCUGUCUGUGAUUAACGGGAUCCUAUAGUGCCAGGAAAACAAAGCUGUUUUCCUUGCACUAUAGGUUUAAUAGGUCCCUCCCGUGGGGCUGGGUUAGGCUAUGCCUACGCUCCUCCCCUGCUUACGUGAGCCAGCGGGGGGAGACCUAAUGCGCAUGCGUGGCUUAUCUCCCCAUAGAAAAGCGUUAUUCAAUGCUUUCCUAUGGGAGAAAUCUGACGCGGGAGGUCCAAAAGGGACACAACACCCAGACCACUUCAAUGAGCUGAAGUGGUCUGGGUGCCUACAGUGUCCCUUUAAAUUCAAUUUACAGAGCAGGAGAUCAAACUUCUAAAGCAAGUUAACAUCUUGCAUUAAUGAAAAUACAACAAUUUUUCAUGCUGGCUGUGUCAGUCACAGCCAGGGGAGAUGUGCCUAGGAUUGCAUAAAAAGAAACAAAAGUGAUUUAACUCCUAAAUAGCAGAAAAGUGACACUGCAGGGGCAUGAUAUAUACACCCAAACUGCUUUAUUAAGUUUAGCUUGUUUUGAUAUCUAUAGUGUCCCUUUAAUGGUCUUGAAAUGUAAAUCUUGGAAAGUAGCCUUUUUGAAUGUAUAGGGUUAUUUUAGGUAACAAGUCUACAUUAAGCAUAUUACAAGCACGAGACCCUGGCGUUAGGAAAGAUUUCUUUUCCUUAUAGACAGGUGUUGGACGUUGGCUGAUAGUACAUAAAUAGAUGAUAGUUUCUGUCUUUACAGGCAAGUGCAUGGGGCGGCAGGUGUGAUGAGUAAUCCAGUAUGAGCAGCGAUAUGAAUCCACGCUGGCAGCUGUUAUUUGCAAGUAGUGCUGCCAGGUUUAAUGUGCGUGAGUGUGGAAUGGGGUGGACAUGGUUUAGGCUGAGAAAAAAAGACUGAGCAUGUAGGAGAGGUGAGGAUGGAACGUUUUCUUAGGGAGAUUAAUUUGAUAGAUUAUAAAUUGUUGGUGAUCCAGACUAAAUCUAAAUUAUUUUUAUUUAAAUGUUGUUAUACAUAGUUUUCUAAUGUAUAGUUUAAUAUUUAGUAAUAAUAUUCAUUUUAUAAUGUAUUACUAAUUAAUAUUCUUGUUUAGUUGUUUUUCUAUGUUACUAUUUAAAGGAGAACUAUAGCGUUAGGAAUAAAAAUCUGCAUACUUGGUUCUUUUCAAAUUCCCAGCUCCAGUGCCUCCUUUGCCAGUGUACAAAUCAAUCCUCCUUGUAGAGAAGCAUUGGGGACGUUAUGCGCAAGCGCAGUGAGCUCUGCACGAGCAUUUAAAUUUCAACAGACAAAGCAUUGAAUCAAUGCUUUGCUAUGGGGCUUCCAUGUCACGUGACCAAGUUUUACUGACUGAGUCAUACUGACCGCCUCUAGAGGUGGACUUAAUGAUUUACAUUGCAGGUUAAAAGGAUAGGACCACUGCACGCAGAGCACUUUACCUCAGAGGAUAGGAACACUGCACUCAGACCACUUCACAUUAGGGGCUACUAACACUGCACCCAGACUUCACCUUAGAGGCUAGGAACACUGCACCCAAACCACUUCACCUUAGAGGCUAGGAACACUGCACCCAAACCACUUCACCUUAGAGGCUAGGAACACUGCACUCAAACCACUUCACCUUAGAGGCUAGGAACACUGCACCCAAACCACUUCACCUUAAAGGCUAGGAACACUGCACCCAGACCACUUCACCUUAAAGGCUAGGAACACUGCACCCAGACCACUUCACCUUAGAGGAUAGGAACACUGCAUCCAGACCACUUCACCUUAGAGGAUAGGAACACUGCAUCCAGACCACUUCACCUUAGAGGAUAGGAACACUGCAUCCAGACCACUUCACCUCACCUCAAUGACGUGGUCUGGAUGACUAUAGUGUUCCUUUAAGAGUGAAAUAAUUUCAAUAUAAACAGUGCAUCACAACUCAAAAGUGAAGACUAACUACACCCCUUUCUGUGAGGUGGGCAGAAAAUGUGCUUCUGGGCUUCUUAUGAGUUAUAAAUCCAUUUAAAUAGUGCUUCUUGAACACCAAUUUGUAGUUAAUUGAAAUCCAACUCUCACAAUUUAGGCUAAAAUAAACAACCUGCGACUGUCGCUGAUUUGGAGGAUUAUUUUAAAUCGUCUCCUUUUGCCUAAUUGGGUUUUCAGUACAGUACAAAUUGGUCUUCUAGUGAAUAAGCCUUUUUAGUACCUCUGUAAGUCUGGACUCAAAAUAAAGUCAUACUCUUCAUUUUUUAUUUGUAGCAAUUUUAUGCACCCACAAGUGAAACUGUUCUACAGGGAUUUCACAUGCCCCAUAGGCAGAAAACCAUUAAGAGAAUGAAGUAAGACAUUACAUACCUAAGAGGCAUACAGUCAUUAUGAAAAAGACAGCUAGCUGACUUGUUUCCUGUUCAUAAUUCUAUUACUUUUUGAAGAUAGUUUUAUUUCCCUAAUUACAAGUGUUUGUUUAUUAUUAUGUUUGAAUGUUUUUCUUGCAGCUCAGAUCUAAAAUAGUCUUUGUUUUAAGGAAAUGAAUAUAUUUAAAGUUCCAACAAUACUCCGUGUCUCUUAGGGAGUUGGUAAUGUAUUUUACAGGAAAAUGUCGUUUCCAAAAAUGAAUACUUUAAUCUACAGAAAUUCUUGGCAUUCCUUCAAAGCCACAUUAACUCUGGGUGUUUCUGGAAUACACAUGUUCAAGUCUCUGUUUAUAUAUGUGAUUGCGUUGUGUUGGUUCAUCAAACACCGGGAGUGAAUUAUUGUAUACAGUGUGAGGUCUUUUCUUGUUGAAUAUUAAAGGGACACUGUAGGCACCCAGACCACUUCAGCUCAUUAAAGUGGUCUGGGUGCUGUGUCCCUUUUGCACCUAGUGCUGCAAUGUAAAACAUUGCAGUUCCACUCACUGGCUCCUGACUACAGGGUCCGCUCACUUCCAAGCACUUAUACGAUAGACUCCGACCUAGACCUGUAUGCAGGACCACAGCUAGCCACCAUGGGGAACCCAUACAGGGUGGGAUGAGGACGGUGAGGAACAAGGUCCAUCACUUAUCUCCCUCUCCCACCCCCCUACUCGUUAUCCUCCCCCUACAUCAUCCAAAACAUGACCCCUCUAGGGAAGCCUAAGGUUACCUAACUGUCCCCAUUUACCACCUCUCCCCUACUUUCCCCCCUUACCUAGUCGAGAAGGAAAAGGGCACGCACCCAGUAGACGGGGAACCCCAGGGCACAAUGCCCUACACAUACCGCACACCGACAGUAUUGAAGGAAAGAACGCGAUGAACACCGGGUAUAUAUCUGACUAGUAAUACUACACCUGACAUAGUGCCACUUGACACACGACUACUGUUACUUUGUUUUGUGUUUGAAGCCUGCGAGCCAUAAUGUUUCACACCAAAAUAUGAACCUGCGAGUCCACAACGUGUUGAAUAAUCACCCUUACCUCUGAUCUCUCUACCCGAAACCUGCGCGUCUCACUGUCUUGUUACUUGUCUGCCUUACAUAAUUGUUGUUAUGAAAAGAAAAAGACAAAUAAAAAUAUAUUUACAAAAAAAAACAUUGCAGUUCCAGAGAAACUGCAAUGUUUACAUUGCAGCUCUAAGUCUGCCCUCAGUGGCUGUCUAUCAGACAGCCACUACAUUACUUCCGGAAUCGUAACAGACUUUUGGUCCGUUAUCUGACGCUGGAGGUCCUCACGAUCUGGAUGAGGGUCUCCAGCGUCAAAUUGUUCCCCAUAGGAAAGCAAUGAUUUAAUGCGCAUUAGACCCCGCUCGUCGCGGGACAGAGGAGGGGAGCGGAGCUUGGGGCGAGGGACAUCGACGCUGGGAUCAGGUAAGUAAAUAAAGGGAUUUUAACCUUUAAUUUACCGGGUAAAAGGGCGCGCGAGGGAGGCAGAGGGAUCAGUAGUGCCAGGAAUACAACUGUUGUCAUGUGUUAUUUGCAUGAGAUGAAAUGUGAAACAUAUUUUAGUGGUAAAAUUAAUUGGUAUAGAUAGCUGUUAUGGUAGAUCACAGGUUCAGGGGGAGAAUCUUACCUUUACUCUAGUUUGCUGCUGCUGGCUCUGCUCCUGAUCUGCCUGCUUGGCUGACAUCAUCAGAAGUGUUGAACUGAGCCAAUCUUAUUGCUUUCCCGUAGUAUUGAUUGGUUGAGCCUGUCAAAGAUGCAGAUCAGGGGCAGAGCCAGCACAAGUCAAACACAGCCCUGGCCAAUCAGCAUCUCAUCAUAGAAAUGCAUUUAAUCAAUGCUUCUCUAUGAGAAAGGUUCAGCACCUCCAUGCAGAGGGUGGAGACAUUGAAUGGCAGUCACACUGUGCAGCACUGCCCCAUGAAGCACCUCUAGCAGCCAUCUGAGGAGUGGUUAUUAAAUGUGUCCCUAGGCUGUAAUGUAAACACUGCAUUUUCUCUGAAAAGACAGUGUUUACAGCAAAGAGCCUGAAGGGACUGAUUGUACUCACUGCUGCUAUAAGUAGCAUGUUUUUGUGCAUUCACUAUAUAACUAGUCCCUUGGGCGAUGCUGACAAAUAGGGGUACCAAUCCAGUUAAAUGAAAUCUAUAAAAGAUUAAAAUGUACCUAAUGCAGUAAUAGCUGGAACAUAGCUGCGUGAUAUCUCAGAAAUGAAAAAUGUCUUUCAUAGGGACGAGAAGUAAAGAAAGCAGCAGAUCAGUGUGCAGAACAAAACAGAAGCAUUGAGAAGACAGCGCAUGUGCAGCAAUCCUUGCUAUUUGUGAAUCCAAUGCUCCUCUAUGUGAGAAGCACCUGAUUGUUAGGUUUAUGAUGCUUUUACUUUACUAUUUUUAUUUUUAUUUUAUAGGGGGCCAAUUAUUCUAAAGGUAAAUAUAAGCAAUGGUAAUUUAAAUAAAAAAACAUUUUAAAAAAAAUAUUUGUUGAUUUAGUGCUCCUUUAAUAAUAAACUUUUUCUAAUAAGGAUAAGAUUUAAGAAAUCAAAUAUUGGCAGUACUGCCUUUUAUUCUUUCAGUAGUGGAAAAAUUGUCCAUCCCCAAGAUGUGUGCACGGAAUGCUGAGAAUUGAUCAUAGUGGACAGAAUGCUUCUCAUGUCUAAAAAUAAAUAUUGUGCCUACAAUGAAUGGCGUUAAUCUCCAUAAGAAUUUCAAAACCGCUUCUGAAGUACACUGGUAACAUUGUUACAGAGACCCUGUUACGACGGAAAAAUCACUCAAUAAUGGGUAUUGUUUCCUAGAACAAUGACUUUCUCCCAGUAUGCCACAGGCGCAUUGAUUAGAUUGAAUGCAGCCAUUAACACGUGUUUUAAUAAGCGUUGGCAUUAAUAUUGGGAUUCUCAUCUGCUAAUUAAUUAAAACGAAUAAAUCAAUCUGGCUAGGACUGUGGAGAUCUCUCAAGUAAGGUUUUGAAUACAUGACAUAUAUAGGCAGUUGGUUAAGGGUAAAAUUAAAAAAUAGUUGACAUUGGAUAUUUUUGUCAUUGAUGUGGUUAGGAACAAAACAGGUCCCUGGCAUUGGCUUACCAUUAGGGGUUAAAUUGUUCACAAACGGUUUAAUCCCAAAGUCUCUGUUCAAGCUCUUCCCACUCCAACAUCCGCUGGCUGAAAAGCUUGAAAAUUGAAGCCUAGCAGUAAGCGGACGCUCUCAGCCAAUCAGUGGCAGCCAUUCAUAAAAACGGCUUUGGAAAAAGAUGUGCAUUUCUCAAACCGUUUUGUGAACGGGGAGCCAUUGAUUGACUUAGAGCGUCAGGUAGAGUAGAUUUGUUUUGUUUUAUCAGAGGUUGUAGUUGUUACAGUAUUACCAUUGACCACAACUGAGGAUGUGAUUUAUUGUUUAAGGUUAGUGGUAACUCCGUAGGAGCCGCUUCUGUAGGAUAGUUUCACUUAUUACCCUAUUAUAAUACUAAUUAAAGGGAAAAAAAACACAGUGAAGAGGAGCGUCUUUUGGAAACAGAUUUUCAAAUUUGUGAAUGUGGUUUCUUAUCACAAAUCUCCUUAGAACUAAGCUGUAGGAUUUUCUAAGAGGCUUUGAGUAUAGGUCUUCGUAGUCUUUUAUGUCAAGGAGGCUCAGACUACAAUAAUACGAAGGACUAGUCUUGACUAAGCUUUGCAUAGGAUAUACUGUCUGGCAGAACCUAUCCCAACAUGAAAUUACUAAGAAAAGAAAAAAAGCUUGCUGUCCCAUCUACCAUCAAAAUUUCAGUAGUUUUAAAUGUAAGGAAGGUGACUGUGAUCAGAAAAUUAAUCCUUGUCUUUUUUAUACACCAUGCUUUGAUUUACUCUAGCCUAAAUGGAUUAAAUGGCUGAAAUAUUUAAUUAUUAAAAACCUGGAACGUCGAAGAAUAUAUACAAAGAUUUGAAUUUAGUUUUUGGGGGUGGGGACGACCCCUCUCUAAACUUAAAAAAAAACGAGAAAAAAAGUCAACCUCGUCCAUGAUGUUCUAUCUUACCCUACCUACCCUGCUGAAGAUUUAUUAGGAUGAGGUAUGCAGUGCAGGUAAGUUUGACACACACUUACCUCUUGUGCACCUCUAUAUAAUCAGUGACACAGAAACGCACAUAUUUAAUAUAAUAACAUAAUACCGCACUCCAAGAAAAGGUUUUUUUUUUUUCAUCUAUAAAUAGAAUCCGCAUUUUCUCAGCUAAGGUUCUAUUUCCUGAAAGCAAAACAUAAUAAAACGUUUAAUUAAAGGCUGACAAUGCCAGGAAGGACUGCUUUGUGGAGAGUGAGGUAGGGAAAACUUGGGAGGCAGAGCUGGGAGCUCUCCUUGUUUAGGAAGAGGGAGUGACAAAUAUGCCUUAGAAGAGAGCAGGGGAAAAUUAUAGAGAGCAAACGGGAGAUUUGUUGCAGAAGACAAGUCCCAGGAGGGUUACUCUGGUCAUAACAGAGGGAUAAGAUACGGAAAGGACACAAUGUCACUUCACCAGGACAGAUGGAAAUGGAUAGAAGGACUUCUGAAUCUUUAGGUGAGGUUGGCGACUCUUAAACAUAAUCUAAUUAACUCUGAUACCUUGUCAGUUGUGAAGGACAGCCCAGUGUAAUCAGUAGAAAAUACAACAGUAACAGCCCAUCUGUAUAUUGCCAAUAGUACGGUUUAAUGUUUACAUUGUCAUAUGAAGCCCAGUAAUAUAAAUAACUUCUCAUUGGAGUGGUUACGUUAUAGACCGGCAGAAAAUUCACAUACAGCAGUAGAUUAUUUCAAUGGCAAUGUUAGAAGUUAGAAAUAAAUUGGCAAAAAUCUCUAUUUUAUGUUUUAUUUUUACUUUUAAGGGCACAGUAGCCCAGUAAUAGUCAUUGCUCAUAUUAUAACAUUGUCCAGACAUAAUAGAAUUUCCUUAAAGGACCAUUAAAGUUAAGAUGCACCGGUCCUGUCAUUUUAACCCUGCAAUCUAAACCAUUGCUGGUUUGUAGAAAGUGUUAAAUAUGCCUCUUAGCGUCUGUCUAUCUGGCAGCCACUAGGGGCUCUUCCUAUUCCAGAAUAGAGUCAAAAUUGGUCCUGCUUGCAAAUGCUGCUGAUGGCAUUAUCUCACACAGCAUCAAAGAAUUCUAGGCCUAUCAGAAGAAGCAGCUAUAGUGAGGGCCGGUGCAAGGAUUUUUGCCGCCCUUGGCAAACAAAAAAUUGCCGCCCCCAUAUGCUCUGCCCACCAUGUGACAUCACAAUGCCCCACCCAUAUGAUCUGCCAUAUGAGCCAAUGCAGUGCUGCACACAGUGUGUUUACAUUAAAAGGCCUGCAGGGAAGGCUAUAGACACCAGAACCACUUCAUUAAGCUGCAGUGGUUCUGGUUACUAUAGUGUCCCUUUAAUGUGAGGUAAAUUAGAGAUUAGUGCCACUAAUAAUAUACUGGAUUGCCCACCUACCACCAGAUGAGGACAAGAGGCUGAUAAUGGGCUCAGGCUGCAGUCUGGCUCCACUGGUCUGCUGUUAAAACAGGCUCUCUGGAGAAGUGUUCACAAAUAUCAAUGAGCAGAAAGCAGCUCCAGUUUUUGGGGCCCCUUACACAGAUCACGGUCUGGGUCUAUGCCUACAAGGUCCGCCCAUAAGCCUUAUGUCUUCAAGGCCCACCAUGAGUUCGCUCACAGGGAGUGGAGUGUAUGUAGGGGAUGUGUUAUGUGUUAUUGUAGAGGAUGUAAUUUGUGUGUGUUCUUAUGUAAUGUAGUGUAUAGGGAUACCAGUUUGUGUAAGGGAUGUAGUGUGUGUGUGUUAGGGAUGCAUUGUAUGUUUCUGUGCAUGUGUAAGGAUGCAUUGUGUAUGUGUGUAGUGUGAAAGAGAGGGUUUGGGAGGUAGGAUAGGGGCUGAGAGGGGAGCAGCUCUUUAUUUUAAUUUUGUUAAUAUAAUUGUUUUGUAUAUUUUUUAAGUUUUGUGUCUUACACCCCCCUUUAGUGUAUUUCUUACAAGCCCCUUGUGUGUCUCUUAUCCCCCCCCCCCCACUCUUUGUAUGUCUCCUACAUCCUCCAAACCCAUUUGCAUAUCUUACCCCCAAGCCCCUUUGUGUCUUACUCUUCCCAGCUCCUUGGUGUGUCUUGUUCCCCCCCCAGGCCCCUCUGUGUGUCUCCUUCACAAGCAACUCUGUGUGUCUCUCCUGAGCCUCUCUGUGUGUCUUACACUCACUACCACUCCCCCCCAUCCCUCAGUGGCCUCCUCUCCACUUCUCCUCCUCUCCACUUCUCCCCCUGUCCCUUAGUGUUCUCCUCUCAACUCCUGUCCCUUAGUGUUGUUCCCUUCCCUCCUGUCCCUUAGUGCUCUCUAUUUCUGCCCUUUAGUGCUCUCCCAUCCCCUCCUGUCCCUUAGUGCUUUCCUAUCUCUUAGUGCUAUCCCAUCUCUUAGUGAUCUUCCUUGCCCCUUAGUGAUCUCACCUGCCCUCCUGUCCCUUAGUGUUCUCCACUGCCCUCCUGUCCCUUAAUGAUCUCCUUUCCCCUCCUGCCCCUUAUUGCUCUUCUCUGCCCCCCUAUCCCUUAAUGCUCCCCCUGACACUUAGUGCUCUCCACUACACCCCCCCCAUCCAUACCUAUAGUGCUCUCCCUCCCCCUGUCACUUAGUCUCCCCUCCUCUCUUUCCAUUGGUCUCCCCAUCUUUUCCUUAGUGGUCCCUCCUCCGUCCAUCUUUUCCUUAGUGGGCUCCCCACCAUCUUUCCCUUAGUGAUCUCUCCUCAUUCUCCCCCUCCCAACCCCCCGUAACCUUAGUGCUGGAAGCUCCACGCUACUCUGUUAAUUGAACUUUAAUCACACACACAUACCUCCCAACUGCCCCACUUUUGGGGUUCUGUCCCGUCUUCCUUAUUUUGUUUCCUGAUUUCCCGCAUUUGGGGACACCAGGGAACUGUCUCCAGGGAGCACAGCGUGAGUGCGCCAUUAGAUGUAUUUAAUGGACAUUACAGGACAGUAGGACCAUGCAAAGCGUAUUUUCUGCAUGCUCCUCUAUGCACGGAGAUGGCCAGGAGGCUGUCUGUAAACCAGAUAUGCUUUAUAUAACGUAGACCUGUCUACUUUCCAGGUGGGCUUACACAGUAAGGGACGUCACCAAUGAUACUAGCCCCAGCUGACAGAGGGGAUCUUUAUAUAUCCAAUGAUAUGUGUGACUUUCAGGUACCAGCAGGAUCUAACCGUGCUGGUGCUUUUACUGCAUGACGGUCCAUGCAGUUAACAGGCAUUUCAGCUCUGCACUGCAUGAUGGCAUAGACCAUCAUGUGGCCCUUAAACUAUUUAAUGAGGAUUCAUGCAUUCAGAUUUUACAUUUAAAGUACACCCUGGCUGUUGUUGUUACCUUACAGAAUGGGACUCAUUUUGUUGACCUGUGGAAGAUAAAGCCUAGUAGAUACUGCUGCGGAUGGGAUAUGUGGCUUGUAGUACAGCUUCAGCACUAACCUAUCUCAAAAUCAAAAAUCAACUUAUUUCUAAUGACGAUAAGCAAACAUUUUUAUUUAACCAUUCCUAUAUUUUCACAAAGAAAGUCAGCAUUAACCCCUUAAGGGCCAAACUUCUGGAAUAAAAAGGAAUCAUGACAUGUCAUGUGUCCUUAAGGGGUUAAAAUCACUAGUUUCCAAGUUAUUCAGAGCCAUGCCAAACUUUGUACUCGUUAAAUUUAAUUGGAGACUGAGUUUGGAGCUGAACUCAGUUACACAAUGUCCAACCUGCUGGGUAAUCCUGUGGAUUUCACUUGUGAGUCCAAGCGAAAUCCACAGGAUUCUCCAGCAGGUUCAACAUUUAUCAAAAUCUAGGGUUCUCUAAAUGUAUCUGGAAAAUGUUUCUCAAAUCAGAGAAGGAUUUACCAUAAGGCGACCUUAGGCAGUCACAUAGGAACCCAGGGGUUAGACAGGGGCCUGGGAUCUAUGAAUUUGAUUGGGCUCCAUUAACCAUCCCUGCGUGAAGAAUGAAUGGGGAACCCCAAACUCGUACCCUAUCUAGGACUCUGUGGGAUCUCAGUCCUUCUCUAGGCCAAAGUGAUUUGCAAUGCAUUAUAUAGAAUAUGCAUUCAAAAAUAUGAAAAGAUAAAAAAUAAUAAUUUGGUUUUAAGAAAGAAUAAGUACAAAUGUAUAACGUACAUCAAGCAAGAGAGUAAAGCACAGUUUGAAAUUAUAACAUUCUUCCAAUAACAUUCAAGAUAUGAUCGAAGGCAGUAUCCAACCAUAUAAAUUUUUUUUCAUUGGCCAAGGCUCCCUUACAGUGUGCUAUAGAGAGAAUUUCGUUGUUGAGCUAGAAGGAGGUUUAUUUGAAAAGAACAUGAGAGCCUAUUUCUCCUCUAAAGAAAAAUGUAAACGCAAGUUUGCAUGGAGGUGGACAAAUGAGCCUUCUUAAAAACUAUUCUACUAUUGGAAGGUAUAGUAAUUUUGGUUAGAAGUUAUGUGGUCACAAUUUGGUCCCAUAAAGUUGGUGAUGCACUAGUCUAAAAAGUUGAUUUAGUGUACUUGAUUAUUAAGUGAGAGAAGAAAGAGAAGGGGACGUGUGUAAGGAAAAAUGAAUAGAGGGGGGAAGUAAGUGUAUGGAUAUAGGAGUAGAAUUGGAGAUGGUUAGACAUGAGUGAAUGUGGAGGAUAAAUGCCUUUUAAAGUUCCGGUUGCUUUUGCUAAAACACAAAAGACAGAAGAAACAAGUAUGGUCCCCCCAUACCAUGAAAAAUAAUUACCAAUUAAAAGCAUCUCAUCCUGUCUGUGGCAGGUUUCCUUAUCCCAGAAACCACUGUCUAACAUAAUUAAUUGGAUAUUUAGUCUGUAUCCUCUUGUUCACAUGACUAUUUACAAUUUUGGGGAUGUCGUUGCUUGCAGAAAUCUUGAGAGCCACUGAUAUUGUGAGUUUAUAUCUGCAUCUGGAUAAGAACCUAUAUUCCUAAUGCUAAGUGAAGUGGUCUGGGUGGCUAUGGAUUCCCUUUAAUUUUCUAAUAUGACUAUUUUGACCUAAAUUUUGAAAUUCACUUUGAAUUUUGUUCACUUUUUUAUUUAAUUUCUCUUUACUGAACUAACGCAUUUAUUUGUAUCCUGAUUUCACAUAGAUAUAUUCCCUAUUUAUCUCUCCUUGACGUUCCCCCUCCCCAUCACUUGUUGGAACAAAAAAUCUCACAACAAAAGCUUGAUUGUCACCCUUAAACCCUGAAUCGUUUAUCAAGUUUCUAUUUCCUGUUGUCCACAGUGUGGCAGGACCCACCCAGCUCAGCCCCUGCCAGGCGAUUGUGUGACUAUUCAGUUUGGAACAGCACAAGAAUCCCAUUGUUAUAUCCUGACAGCGGAUAUGUAAAGGGCAGAGUGUAAAGAGCUGGUAGGGAACUGGUGCGGAAAUAGAACGUGUGACUUCUCAUGGCUAUCAUAUCCAGUGGUUAUCAUGAGAUCAAAACAUUAUUAUUUAUUUUGCCAAUUUGUUAAGUAUGUACAUGAAAUAAUCUUUUUUUUUUAAAUUUUUUUUUUACAUAUUAAUGUUCUAAAAAUUGAACACUGCAUGCAGCCAAUGUGUGUCAAACGAACUAGUCCAGUACAUCUAUGCAAUGUCCUGCCUUGUGUAUUUAGUAAUCAGUCUUCUUUUUUUUGAGACAUCCAUGCCUCAACCUGUUCUACGCAAUCUGGGACAUCCAGGACUGUUUAGCUACAACAUCUGUGUUCCUCUAAAAUCUAGACCAGUGAUUGCUGAUCAUGGCACUUAAGAUAUUCAGCGAUUAUCUAGUGGUGAAGUCUAUUUAUUUUUGGUACUGGAGUAUUUUGGUGAUGGUGGAUUUUUGUUCCUUUUUUUUUUUUUAAGGUUCUAUUGGAAGCAUUGCCACCUUAGUAGGGUAAUUUGCAUAUUACAUGUUAUAGUUUUUUUGAAUAACAAUUAAAGGUUAUGUUUUGUACAUAUUCCUGACACUGUUUUCCUUUUUCUUCUCUCUUAGUUAUUUUUAGGGUGUAGGGUUUACUCCCAAAUUUGGUGCUUGGGUACCUUUAUAUUACAACCUCAUUUUUGAACAAUAUUUUGUUUUUCAGAAUUUCUGCUGUACAAAUAUAGACAGCUGGUACUUUGUGUUGUAGAAGGUAGCCUAUCUAUGAAAUAGUGAAAAGUGACUUUACAAAACAAUACUUUAUAUACUACAAUUAGUAUGUAUGUAAUGUGAAAUCACGUUGUCUGAUCCUACCGCAACUCACACUUUAUUUUCUGUCUCACAGGUGGCAGCCUAUUCCUGGAACCAAGGCGGCAAUGCUCGUGAAGGUUAACAGCUUGAGACAGGUCCCUUCACCCACAUCCUGUGGUCCUCUUCAAAACAGCAUUCCCAAAAACUCUUCAGCCAAGUCAUUGGUAUAUGCACAACCUCAGCCUUUCACUGAAAAGUCUGGUGGGGAUCCCCAGCAAUCCAUGCAGAUCAAAAAAACUGACAAUGGUGGGUUCUGCCUUAUUCUAACCAAUGGGGCUAAUGGUCAGACCCCACAGAGGACUCCCACAGGGACACUUCAACCCUCAUCUCCCAGAUAUGGAUCACCACCUCCUAUAUAUGAUGAGCCAUCCAUGGAAUCCCCCAUUUAUGAUGAACCGCCUGUAGAGAUGGACGUAGAAAGCAUGAGUGCACGUUCACUUUCUCCACCUUUGUCCCCAACUAGUAGCAUGCACAACCACCCUCAGGCUCCAAAGCUACUUCCUUACCCCAGUGCUCACCAUAAGCAUAAGAGGAAUCCUUCUGCUACGGAGUACAGCCCAGCAGGAAGGGAGUACAUUAAACACAUGGUAAACGUUGACCAAUCCUCUAAACAGACUACAUCUCCUACUGGGUCCCUUGAUACCCCACCUAAACAUCAGCCCGGUCAGCUGGCCCUUAAGGAUAGUUUCAAGCACUCUUGGAGGGUCUUGGAGGCUAAUGUUCUUAAGAAUAUAGAGGCUCAUCAUAAUCGCCAGAAUAGUCUUCCUCAAGACUACCCUACAGUGGUAAGUCAACAGGAUUCUGGCUAUUCAACAGGACCUUCUCCCAGUUUGAGGAAAAGGAAGGGUAGGCGACAAGGUGUUGGACAAAUAAGACCUGGGUCAGUGGGCAGCAGCAGUGAACUUAACGCUUUGAAUGAGAAACUGAUUGCAGAGAUGAGGUCAGUAGUGACAAAGACCCCUGUGCGCCAAGGAAGCAAGACCAGCCUGGAUACAGAGAUGUUGGAAAGCCCUAAUGCUACUGACAACAGUAAAGUGAGGUUUCAGAUGGACUCUUUAAAACAAACUGGAGGUAGGGGGUCAAGGGAUGAUGUCACAGCCAGCAGUAGGUCAUUGUACAAGCCUGGAGCAGAGUGCCGGGAGAAUGUAAGUGGGGAAGUAACAGGGCAACAAGAAGUGGUACGGCAGAAACGCACCUACGAGAAGAUAGAUUUCUUGGAGAAGAAGAUCACAAGCCAGAUCAGUUUACUCUCAUCAGAGUCCGCAAGAACAGCAUCAGAGGUAAACAAAAAAACACCUUUUCUAUUAAUUGGUUUAUUGUGAUAUUUGGAUUUUAGAUUUACUAUGGCUGUGGAACCUUAGGUUUUAAAAUAAGACACUUGGGCAUCAAUAAACUUGGGUAAACUUUUAAAAUUUCUAAAAAAAUUUUACAUAUAUCAAUAUACGCAAACAUGUUUUUCAAAAUAUUACAUAAUUUUAAAAGUUCAUCCAAUAUUAUCAUUUUAAUACCAUGGUUGUAAAAAUAUCUCCUCUACCAGACUUCCGGUCAUAUGAAAGUUAUGGCUGGUUUAAGUUGAAUAUGUGUGAAUUUAUGAAUUCUAUCUACAUUGGUGUUAUUAGUUCCAACACCACAUCUAUCCUUGCAGCACUUUGCAUCCUUUCUUAAAGGACACUAUGGGCACCCAGUCCACAUCAUCUCAAUGAUGUGGUCGUGGUGCAGUGUCCUUAUUGUCCUUAGUCCUGCUAUGUAAAACAUUGCAUUUUAGAGAAACUGCAGUGUUUACAUUGCAGGGUUAAGAGUGGCUGUAGUGGCUGUCUACCACAUAGCCACUAGAGGUGCUUCCUGCUAUUUCUCUUCCAGCAUUGAAUCAAUGCUUUACUAUGGGGAACCCCCAACGUGCACUCAGUGCUUGCCGCUCAUGUGCAUAAGGUCCCCCUUCAGCACUCACGUCAGAGGAGGUGGAGCCGACACCGAUGUCCAUCGGCACUGGAAUCAGGUGACUGAAAGAAAGUGAUAGGUUCCCUGGAGGGAAAGGGGGGGAGCAACUCUGUAUUCAUAACACUAUAGUGUUCCUUUAAGGAAUUAAACACAUUUUUAUAGACUGCUUUGGGAUUGCUUAUUUAAUAUUUGAAAUUACACAGUACUGUUAACACCAAAAUUAAAGAUAAAAAGCUCUCACAGACACUUUGCCCCUAGUAGCCAUGUGCCAGCAUUAGGGAUGAAAAAUGUGUUUAACAGGAAAUUUUGCCAAACUCUGCUGCAGUAUGUGUUGGUGAGCUUCUUGUUGUACGUAUCUAAAAAGUACUACUUAAAAUAAUCUGUAAGAACAAGAAUAUUAAACUACACAAGUAUUAAAUUAACUUCCUUGAUACCUAAACACAAUGCCAGAGCAUCAAGUGUCUCGGAUAUGGAACCAAAACCAAACGCUGAUUAUCACAUUGAUCUUGGCCAGGACAUCCUCUUUCUGUGUCACGUUCUCACAGAACACGCAGGGAUAGUUCACAGUCCAUCCAUAUAUGCAGAAAAAUCAUGACACCCCUAAGAAGCAAAGAGAAACAUAGAUCUCAGUUAUUAACCCAUUUUCGGGCCGGAAAAUAAAUUUUUAAAUAUAUGAGUGGAAAAAUGUUGUUGAAACUCUCCAGAGUAUCCACCAGACUAAUAUAGAUUGUUGUAUACAUUAAAACGGCUAGUGUUCUACUUAUAGAACUUAAUGUGUUUACCUGUCAGAGACCGGUAGACACUGGAUUUCUCCACUAUGUGUGAGGCACGGUGGUAACGAUGGUGUAUUAUUAUAUGUGGGAUCGUUGUGUUUAUAUUUUAUAUUUUUACGUUUACCUAAAUAUGGAAUCCUAAUUGGUAGGCUUAAUUUUAGGCUAUCCAAAUAGCUUUUGUUUUGUAUACAGGAGAUACCAGCUUCAACCACAGCCCUGCACCUCUGCCAACAUGCAGACUCUUUUUAGGUUCGGUAAAGAAAAAAAUUAAAAAUACUGACCACAAAUCCUUUACAUGCCAGGUAUUUUUAACCCUUGGAAUGUCACUGGUUUGUAGUUUUGCUUUGCGGGCGGAAACCAGCGAAAUUUGUUUUUAGGAUGAUAGUGCUAUUCUCAGCCAGUACUUGAUGGCCUCUAGCUGCCGAGUCGUUCUUUGGUAACGACUCCCAUCAGUCGAGGAAUGAUGGUAGAUGAGGUCUACCAAGAGCUGUAUAAUCUGUUUAUUCUCGGCUGUAAAGCACACUGUAUUUAAUAGUUUCUUUACACAAACUUGUUUUUGCUAAUAUGCUGGAAUUAGAUUUUAUUUCUUUAUUUUCAUUUUAGCAAGUUGUGGCAUGUUUAGUGGUAAUAACAACUUGAAUACUUGAUUGUUUUAUUGUGGAGAUGGUCACAUAGGAAUUGGAUCAUUGAUUUCACCCUCACUGACCGUUUAUUUUAUAGGAAAAAAAAUGCUACAGAGAGCAUGGGAUGUUGGCAGCCAAUUGUAAUUGUCGCUCACGGACCAUCUCAUGGCAUUUCAAUUAAUAAAAUACUUUUAGGUCUUUUGUUUAAUAUAAUGCGAUGCCCAGGAGGAAGCUCAGGUUAACCUGGAAGUCCUUAAUUUGUUUAAAAAAAAUAAAAUUAAAAAGAAAGAUAAGCAGUCACGGAAGUGAUAUAUUUUGUGUAGAAAAUCCCUAGAGACAGGACAAAUUUAAAAUUUUUGCUACUUCUUUCUUACUGAGUAGUGGGGACAAGCCAGUCAUCUCUAAUAGCAUCCAAACUGGAUAUGUUUUAAUGGGAUACAGUAACAGGACUAUUUACUAAAGUGAGAAUUUAAAGGGAAUUUCAAAUUUAAGGUGAAAAUAGCUGAACUGGAAAAAUUCAGGAAUGCUAUCAUUUUGGCUACUCUGCCCUAAAUUUAAAAUUCACUUUGAACUCUCAUUAUAGGAAAUAUCCCUGUUAGUACGAUAACUAUUACAGCACAUUGUAGUGAUUAUGGUACCGGAUGCCCCAUUGUAACCUGUGAAACUGUUUCUGAAAGGAUUGACACUAACCUGGCUCUGUUGAACACCCACAAUCCUGAUUGUCUGAACUGCUAUGCUUUACACUUUGACAUUAACAAUUCCAAUUUUACACAACUAACUAGUGACACGCUCAGACAACGAAUAAUGUCCAAAGGUGAUAUGCUAAUGCAGAAGUACAACUUUAUCGUAGCAGUGCAGAUCAGAAAGACCCUGACAGAGCCAGGCAGGACUUCCGACUGUCCUAAUUUUGUUGGGAUAGUCACAAUUUUAGGGUCUUGUCUCACCAUCCUGAUAUUGCUCCAUGGUCUCCCGCAUCCAGGAGCACAAAGGAAAUGUCCCCAGCCAGCAUAUCGCAAGUCCAUCUUUAGCACUCUAUGCAUGGUCUUGUGUGUGGCAGGCCUUGGUGCUGGACUUGUCUUAAUGCCAGUCUGACCGGUCUGCCCAUUACAAGCAUUGCCAUUGAUGCAAAUUAACUAACAAUACAUAUAUUUGCAUUUCACUUGCAAUGUAGAAAACCAAACUACAUUUUUAAGAGAUAAACUUAAAGGUUAACAGCUGGUAUCAAACCUCCAUGGUGUCAGCGGGCUAUAUAUAGGCUGUAAGUGGAGUGGGCACCUAAAAUGUUUGAUUCAUUUUGUAUAGAAGUCUAGAAAGUGCUCAUUUUCAUUAUUUUAUUUAUUUUUCCACUGUGGUUACUUUUGGUCUAACAUUUUGUGGUUGCAUGAUCAUUUCUUCACAAUUCCUGGCUCGCCGAAUAACCUUGAAUGAAUUGUGUACUACCUGAAAUUGUGGUGAACUGAAAACAGAAUUUGCAACCUUUAGGCCAAAAUAACUCGAUUAGAAAAAUCUCCCAAUAAAUAUAUUUUCUUUGGUGGUUUUGGCAUAUAUACAGCACAUCUGGUUAUCAGCUCAUAAUUUAGCAAGUAAAUCUAUUGUGUGUACUUUAUUGGUAUUUGUUUUGAUGCCAUUUUGACAAUUGAUGCACUGCAAAUGAGUUGGGUUUUUUUUUUGUCAUGACGUGCAAAAUAUAGGUGUACAGUGCUAAAUAAUUAUAGACAAUCUGUUCCCCCACUUUUGUCAGAGCAUCUUGUAGCAGACUCAGCCUCUAGUUGUAGAUUUGUGUAACAAGCACCUCCGCUUGUUUGUUUCAUUCUUCCCCUGCUCAGCUGUUCUGUGUUGUUGUUCUCUGAUCUUAAGGUAAUUAAGGAUUAUCUUGCAUAUAUGAGACUGAUCCUGCUAUUAAGAAAGCUUAGCACUGGUAUUAUUUUAUGUUUAUAAAAGGCUGAUGUUGCGGAGUACGAGAUAUUUGGAAAUUUGGGUGUCAUUUUAUAAGGGGACAAACCAGGUAUGAUGUUUCAAAUGAUGCAGGUGAUAUUUCUUACUUCUAUAGCUUGCAUACUGUUUGAUACUGUAACUUAAUGCUCUCUACUUGCAGAAUGGAACUCUGGAGACCAACCCGAAAAGUGACAAUCGUGGACCAUCUCCGUUUGGACCUGGAUACCAGUUUCCUUAUACUACCUUAAGGAAACCCCUGUCUCAAACCAGCAUGGUGGAUUGGGCUUCAAAAAACCUCAAUAUGCACACACAAGGCAUCUUCCGUAGGAGACUUUCCAUCUCCAACAUGCUAUCGUGGAAUGGUGGGUCCAUCAAGAAGCCCAUGCUAAUCACAAGCAAUCGAGUGAUAAAAAAGGAAGCAUGUGAAAUGUUCAAGAUGGUUCAGAUAUACAUGGGUGACCGGCAGGCCCGGACUGACAGAAACCAAGUGGCAUUAAUACUGGUGACAAAAUGUUGGAGCUUACAAGGGUUAAGGGAUGAGCUGUAUAUGCAGCUAGUAAGACAGACUACUAAUAAUAUGACCUACAGGAGCUUAUCCUUGGGAUGGGAACUCAUAGCAAUAAGCUUGGGAUUUUUCUCGCCGUCCCCAAAAUUUCAGUCCUAUUUGGAAGGAUAUAUCUACAGACAUCUGGAUGAAGUCAGCGACAUUAACAGUAAGUGUUUCAAGUGCUCUAAUAGGAUUAUAUGUAUUACAUCUUGGCGUUAACAGUUUGGCCUUCCAGGGCUAGUUUCAGACAGCCUGUGGAGCUGGAGAUUUAACCCCUUAAGGACACAUGACAUGUGUGACAUGUCAUGAUUCCCUUUUAUUCCAGAAGUUUGGUCCUUAAGGGGUUAAAUGAUUAAAGAGAUGUAAUUCUAACAUUAUGUUUAAUAGUCUGGGCAUCCAGUCAUAGUGCUGGCUGUGUGUGAGUCUCUAUAUGUCCAAUUAUUUCCCCUUGACCUUGUUUACCAUCGUGUGCAGUGAAUUAACUUUUUUGGAUGUGUUCUGCUAAGUGGUGUGAAUUGCUUCUGGCAUCUCUCUGUUUUGUUACUGCUUGUUGCACCUGGACUUGCACUAUAUUAAAGAGCAAUGUAUUUGUAUGUAUUUACCGGUGUGUAAUGUUGGGUACAGUGAAGGUGUCUAAUGAGUGCUGUGUGGUGUAUUGGUGCCAAGAGAGUGACUGCUGGGAGUUUUUGAAGUGAUUGAUAGAGGUACAUGAAAGUGACACUAUAGGCACCCAGACCACUUCAGCUCAUUGGAGUGGUCUGGGUGUAGUGUCCCAGGCCCCUUAACCCUGCAAUUAUAAUUAUUGCAUUCACACAAAACCCCAUACAAAAGCAUUAUACAAUGCUUUCCUAUGGGGGAAGUCCUAAUGCGAUCGCGGCGAUCGCCACACAUGCGCAAUAGUUCUCCCCCCCCCUCCCCCCCCACUGGCUGACAUCGGCAGAGGCGGAGCCUAAACCAGCACUAAGGCUAUUAACCCCUUCUGCACCAUGAGGGGGAUGGGAGCAAGGGAGGGGGACACUAUAGGGAGAAAUGUUGUUUUCCUGGCACUAUAGUUCCCCUUUAAGUGAUUGAUAGAUGCGCUGUGUCACAUAUCAAGCAAACACGCCUUACAUUUUUCGUUUGAUAAAAAAAAAUCAUGUUUACAUUUCUAGGCCAUGCUGACAUAUACCACCCACAUAUUAUAUAUGAUAUUCUGAAGAUCUAAAGCACUGCAGAUUUCACUGUCUACUCUUAUAGAGGAAUUGUAAUUGCAAAUGCUAAAGGGUGUGCCAUUUGUACAAAACAGACUAUAAUAAUCUGCUCAAGGUCUGUAAUCAGGGGAUAGUGUAGUCCUAUUCUGAUGUAGGAGCAUACUGAUGUGGGGUCAGCAUAAACACGAAGUUGUCUCUUGCCUUUUGUGAACACUGUAAUUAUGUGACAGUCUGUGCAUCUGAGCACUUUAUAGCUCAGUCUUUGUUUUUCGUGGGUAAAUUAAAAGGCGCUUUAUCUAGAUACUAAAUUGUUUGUUAGAAUUUUGAUAUGUAAUCAUUUUUGUAGGCAGUGUCAUCUGUACAGAACAGACUACAGUACCUGAUUCUUCUUGACUGCAUCCAAAUGCAAAUCGGAGGCCAGUGGCCUAUUGUAGCACACUUGCCUCUGGUAUUAUUUGGAGAUGAAUCAUUUAGGUAGUUACUACUAUGCAUCAGGUUAGAUUCUGGGAAAAGGCAGUAUGAGCUGAAUCCUAUAAAUAUGUGGUUCUUGUUUCAUAACAAAGAUUACAUAAAUAUGGUUACCAUCCUGAAAAAUGGUCUGAAAUCCAACGUAUUUCUUUAACUGAUCAGUGAUCUUAAUAGUUAAGGGUCUAUACUUGUGAUAUAAACCUUAUAUACUAAAUUAAACAGCAUAACGUUUUCUAAAAUGUACUGCCGUAUAUUAAACAGUCUGACAGUAUAUGUUUUACUGUGUUUACAAGUGUUUUACAAGGAGUGUCAUGGCAGUGACUGCUGGAGCAAAUGUGGCUAAGAGGGGUGACUGAUAUGUGCUUAUUUUUGUUUUUAAUGUUUUAAAGAUUAUUCAUAGUGUAUCAGUCUGGAUACUGCAUUAUUAUUAUUUAAAGGCGCCAGCAAAUUCCGUAGCGCUGUACAAAAGGUGGACUAACAGACAAGUAUCUGCAUUGGAGAAAGCAGGAAAACUGGCUCAGCCCACACUCUUUUCUUAGAGCCAGGACCUAUUACUCUGUUCCCAUGCAUUUUCAAUCCCUAGGGCAAACCACUAGAGAUGAACUGGACCAUACCAUUCUGGCAGUGUAGGAGGAUAUCAGACAGCCACAUGUGUGCAGGGCCACUGAUAUUAAUCACCAAAAUUUUUAGCUUUUUCCUGUUUCCUUCUGCAUUCUCAUAUCUUCUGUUUGUUUUUGCAUUACUGCUUUUGCUCGGGGUCAAAGAGUAACCUAAACAAUGUACAAUGACCCCGUGCUCACUGUGCCUAGUGGGAUAUCAGAUGCACUGAGGAGAAUACCAAAGAAGGCCAAAACGAUUGUCUGAGGUUAUUGUAUCUCUGGUGCAGAGAGAGCCAGUUGCAUUUUCGAUCGGGAUCACCCUUGUGGGUGAGAUAAGUCUAAUAUGUAACAGGCUAAGGUGUUUUCUGUAAUGACACAUGUAAACAAAAACUUGUCUGGACUUGAGCAGAAACUGAAGGUCAAGCUGAAAAGCAUACAGAGCCACAGGGCAAAUGAUGAGAUGCCAAGCAUAUCUAAAUCUAACCAGAAAUGUCUCCUAAAACAAUGACUACUAACAUUAUAGUGCAUUAAAUGCAAUCCAAUCUCUGUAACCACUAACGAUUUUAUGCUAGGUGACUGCAGGUGCAGUACCCCUCAUAUUAUGCUGUUUUCAGUUGGUUUUUACAGCAGCAUCUAAAACUUUGUUGGUCAAGUCAUUUAUUCCACACAGCUUGUACAAGCUGCUAAUUCAUGCACCGGGAAUACACCUAGAAACAACGUAUGGGUGCACUGUGAAUACGGCAAGUACAAUGAGCUUGAACACAAUUUAGUACCGUUUAAAUUAAUAGAUGGUAAUGUUCUAUACACACUAUAUAAAAUGAUAUAUUUUAUAUAUAUAUGUGUAUAUAUGGUGUAAGCGUGAAGUUGUGGGAGGGGUUUCCGGCCUAUUUAAACCAAGGUGACCCCCUCUUACCUGUUGUCGUUUUCGGAUGUUCCCCUCCCACCUCACCAUCUUCUUAUUCACAUUAAUCUCAACAGGUGGGCCCUCUUUAUUACAGGCCUAACCACUCGUCAGUUUCGGCACACCUCAAACGACUUAUGUACUAAUUGAAUUCCAUGUAAUUAAGGGUUGUUCAGCUAAUAAUGUCCUGAAACAAAUAUAUAUAUAUAUAUAUAUAUACACACGCAAUCAUGGAAAAAAGAAAGUUCACCCUUUUUGAAAUCUAUGGUUUUACAUAUCAUGACACAAUAACCAUCAUCUGCUCCUCAGCAAAUCUUAAAAUUAGGUAAAUAAAACCUCAGAUGAACAACAACACAUGAAAUAUUACACCGCAUCAUGAUUUAUUUUAGAACAAUAAAGCCAAAAAUGAGAAGCUAUGUGUGGAAAAACGAAGUACUUCUUAUGAUGCAACAGCUUGUAGAACCACCUUUAGCAGCAAUAACUAAUCAUUUUCUGUAUGACCUUAUCAGUCUCUUACAUUGUUGUGGAGGGAUUUUGCUCCACUCUUUAUAAUGUUGUUUCAGUUCAUUGAGGUUUGCUGGCAUUUUUUAUGCACAGAUCUCUUAAGGUCCCUCCACAGCAUUUUAAUUGAGUUCAGGUCUGGACUCACCUGACUGAUCCACCUUUAUUCCUUUCUUUUUUAGCCACUCUGUUGUAGAUCUGCUGGUGUGCUUGGGAUCAUUGUCCUGUUGCAUAACCCAAUUUUGGCUAAGCUUGAACUGUCGGAGAGAUGGCCUCCAUUAGACUCUAGAAUACUUUGGUAUAAAAAGGAGUUCAUGGUCAGAGGAAGACCUGUGGCGGGAAAACAGUCCCAAAUCCUUAUCCCUUAACCACUGUGGUUGACAGAUGUGUAUGAGGUAUUUGUGCUGGUAUGCUGUGUUUGGUUGUCAUCAAAUGUGACGUUGUGCAUUAUGGCCAGACAUCUCCACUUGGUCUCCUCUGUCCAAAGGACAUUGUUCCAGAAGUCUUGUGGUUUGUUCAGAUGCAACUUUGCAAACCUAAGCCGUGCUGCCAUGUUGUUUUUAGAGAGAAGAGGCUUUCUCCUGUCAACCCUUCCACACAAACCACACUAUUUAUUUUUUUACAUUAUUUUUUUUCUAAUUGUAUUGUCAUGAACUUUAUCAUUUAACAUGCUAACUGAGGCCUGUAGAGUCUGAGAUUUAACUUUUUUUUUUUUUUUAAUUUCUUGGAGCACUGCAUGGUCUAACCUUGGGGUGAAUUUGCUGGGAUGCCCACAUCUGGGAAGGUUUGCAACUGCCUUAAAUGUUUUCCACUUUUGACUAUUUUUUCUCACUGUGGAAUGAUGGACUUUAAAUUGUUUAAAAAUUUACUUAUACUCCUUCACAGUUUGGUGGGCAGCAACAAUCGCUUCUCUAAGAUCAUUGCUGAUGUCUGAUGUCUUUCUUCCUUGGCAUUUGAUUAGCAGCACCCGUCUGCCACUUACCCUCUUAAUUCCUAUGAAAGCAGUAAGGGUUUACUUUCACACAUGGCUUCUCCAUUUUGGCUUUAUUUUUGUUGAAUAAAUAAUGACACGAUGUAACAUAUCAUGUGUUGUUCAACUGAGGUUGAAUUUACCUAAUUGUAAGACCUUUUAGGGAACAGAUGAUUAUUAUUAUUAUUAUUAUGUCCUGAUAUGUAAAACCCUAGAAUUUAACCCCUUAAGGAUCAAACUUCUGGAAUAAAAGGGAAUCAUGACAUGUCGCACAUGUCAUGGGUCCUUAAGGGGUUAAAGAAGGUGUACUUUCGUUUUCCCAUGCCUGUAUAUGCUUAUUUUGCUUGUGCUAUAUAUACUGAUAAUUCGCAACUGAACACCAGCUACUUGUGUCGGUGCUCUUAUUGCAAAAAAAACAGUUAAAGUACCAAAAAGGAGACUCCAGGGGUCUCAAGGGGCUUAACCCCAGGAAUAGAGAAAAUAUAUAAAGAAAAUCACAAUGCUUAUCACAAUCUCUAAGAAAAUUGUAACUCGCUGUGUAUCCUGGAGAUGUACAGUAGUCUAAACGAAAAUACUUAAAUAAUAUUAGGAUAUCCCUAAAAGGUGAGGGUUAUACAAUAAAAAUAAAAAUAAAGUGCCUAAAUGCUCCACAAUAUAUGGAAAAUAUAUAGAUAUUGGAUUAUAUUAAGUAUCCACUAUGAUGUUUAUUAUAUCUGGCUCAGUGGAUAACCGCAAUGCUAUCUAUAUAAAAUAUAAUAUAUUAACCAAAAGACAAAUAAAAACAGAAUACUCUAAAUUGCUACCACUAAUUAGCACAAGCAACAUUCCAUAUUAGCAUACAUAUACAAUGUUGCCAAAAAAGAUCCUCUAUAGUGAGGUCAAAAUAUUAAAUUAUCAAUUAGUACUGGAUUAGUAAUGCUGGUAAGAUUAUAAUCCAAAAAAUACACAUAUCAGAGAAUAAAAUAAAAAUAAAGAAAGUAUAUACAAGACUUCAAGAGAUAAGAGUCUUGUCUCUCUAUAUAUGUCUAAUGGAAGUAAAUGAAGGAGUAUUAGGUAUAGAUGUCAUGAUGCUUAAAAUGCUCAAUGAUACAUCUAUAGACAGAUAAAUAAAGAAUAGAGUAUAUAGUUAUAAGAAGGUAAAGGAAUGUAGAUGGUAUAGUAAUAGAGAUAUACUGCAUAUCAAAUUUGCAGUGACAGAUAGUAAUAACCAAUCUCUCCCUUCCCAUAUACACUUCUAAGCAAAAAGUGGAGCAGACUAGAUUAAACAAAAAUUAAACAUAGAAAACCCCAUAGGGCAAGCUAAGUAUCAUGCCGUGAUAUGUGUUAAGUGCCCAUAAGUGAAAAAAUAAUAAAAAUAAAACGCCUGACGCGCGUUUCGGUGCUGUGAAGCCAGCACCUUCGUCAGAGGCAAAUUUUGCUUGUGUGCAUAACAUCUGGAAUAUUUUACAUUUGUUUUAAUUCGCAUGCCAGUAAAAUAAGUGUGCAGAGUCAACUGCCCAUCUUCUUUCAAAAUAUAUCUUUCUUUGGUUAAUUGGUAUUUGUUGUUAUAAAUGUAGCAGAAUAGUCUGUACCGGGAAAAACUCAAAAUUAUUUUGAGAUAUUUCACAUGAGGAAAUAACCUUGAAAUGUGUGCUACUUCGUGUCCUAAUGCAUUGUAGAGACUGGUUGGGUGGGAUAUAGUCAAAUCAGAACAUGAUAACUCGUAUUAGGGAAACAGAAGGGACAGAUAAGAAACAAGAAUGCUUUGGUAUGAAUUCCUUCACUAUAAUCCCACAAGUAAAUUGCUGUUAGUUCAAGUCGGGAGUAGACUAGCAUUUCUCUCUUAUUAUAGGCCAGACUUUAUAAAGUUCUCUGUAAACAAGGAUCUAAGUAACAUAUACAGGUUAUCGCUUUUACAUCCUUACAUCCAUUUACAACAUAAUGCAUGGAUCGUCUCUAGAGUUCAGGGGUGCCCGGGGGAACUACACCCCUGAGCAGAAGCUUCUGUAAUUCCUAAUAUAUGCCAGGCCUGCCCUUACAGUAAGCUUCUUCGCUUAACAUUCUGCUUACCUCCUCAAUUCUAUAAACAUGACUGCUCUACAUACAGCAUCCUUUUAUUAUAAGAGGAAAAAUAUGAUGAGUUGUUUAUUGUCUAGCCAACAAUAUAUUCUUAUUUUAGGUUUAAGUUGUUCAGUUCCCCAUUAAGUUAUUUGCAUCCACACAAAAUCCAGAAUCGGCAAUAAAUGCUUGAAGAAAGCAGCUGUCUUGUUUUUUUGUUUUUUUUAACAGACUACGGAUGAUCCAGUCUUUAUUUCUAGAUAAAAAUAAAUCCUUUUAUGAAUGCGUUACUUGCAAACUGCUCCAUAAACCACUUUAAGAGUGAUAUCAAUGUGUUCUUUUUUUGAUACUUAACUCAAAAGAAUAUUCCCACAAAGGUCCACUUUAACGAGCUAAGUUAAACGACUGUUUAGUUGCUGUGGAUGUGUGAAUGUGAGUAAAUGGAUUGUUCAAUGUAACCUUUCUACUCACACAGGUACACUCUGGGAGGGAGGAAAGUGAGCUGAUACUAUAUACAUGAGGGUAAAGUGGUUUCUGCAAUUCACAAGGAACAUUCUGUCUUGAUAGGUUUAUAUAUUAUAAGACAUUGGAAUGAACACGACUGUAUCUCUUAUUCAUGGUGACAUACUUUGGAUUGUUAUUAUGUUAUUAUAUUUGUUCACCAGCCCAUGGCAUGGCAAACGCUAGGACUGUACAACAUAUAAACCAUUUUAAAAAUGGAACACCGUUGCUCAGAUAUUUCUUCUUUUUUUUUUUUUUUUUAGUAACUCAACGCAUACAGGAAGCUCAAGAACUAAAAACUAAGAAGAAUUCAAAAUCUCGCAAAAAGAGGAAGCAGAAUGGGGAUGAAGAAGAAGGUAAAUAUAACCGCAAUUAGCAUUUCCACUAAUUUUGUUUUCCCAGCAAGAUUGUGAAAGUGGCUAUGCUUAACAUUCUACAAAAAUCCCCAUUUGUUUUGGGUUAUUUUCAUAGAGGAACUGAAAGAUUAAUAUUACAUGGGCAACACAACAGGAGUAGACAUUGGUCUGGUCAGAAGUUUGAGUUCCACAGUGCUGACCGUUGUUGACCUCUGCUAAGAGAUGUUGACACCAAUAGAGAGAUGCAUUGGUGGGCCAGAUAUCUUUAAAUGGCAAUCACUCUAACAUCUGCAACACAUUGUAAUGGUUGUACAAAGAUCCUUGAAGUCAUCAUUUCUAUGGUUAGUGUCAAACCAUUUUCGAGUGCUGUGAUAAAAGCUGGGGAUCUCUGCUACAGCUUUGUUAAUAUAAGAGGUCUACUAGCAAGUUAGCUAUCCAGGUUUGGACGACAAUCAUAGUCUGGGAGUGCUUUACUAACGUUGCGCCUUCCUGUUAUACAUCCUUGCUCGAUAAUAGUAAGCCUAGUCGAUUAUAUAUUCUAUUUUUACAUAGACCUGUAUCUACGCACGUAUUGAAUAACCAGGUAUGCUGAAGUGGUAGGAACGAUAAGUUGGGUUAAUAAAGGUUAAAGGAAAUUCAGUUUAUCAUUUUAAAAAUUCAAUUCAGCAAGAAGCUGUCAUUCCCUUCUUUGCCCCAUCCUACAUUGCAACAUUAUUUAGCCAUAUUUAGAAAAGUGAGAGAUUAGUACUGUGUUAUGGCACUACUUUUGCCUUCACAUAUACGAUGCUUUGUCAAUUUUUUGUGUCUGCAGAGCAAUCACAUGUUGUAUAACCAUUUUAGGAAAUAAAACGAAAAUUCAAUGUUUUUCCAUUCUUUUGUUUCUUGCCAUUGUUGUGACUAGUACUUUGUAGUGUGUUAUUGUCGUGCAGCAGCACAAACAAAACAGGCAAAUUGGCAGACUGCAGAAAAUCAACUGCACACGCUACAUAUUUUGCAAAUAAUAUUACAUGAAUUAUAUGGAUGACAAUGAAAAAAAAAAGAAAAUAGUGUCUUAAGCAAAUAUCUGUCUGAUGACACCAACAGAAACACUAACUACUGUUAUAAAUAGUAUCUAAAAAGAGCGAUGAUCAUCCAAAGAAAGUUUCUAUAACAGAUGUAUGAGACACCAUAGUGAAAUGCACCAUACUUAUAACGCGUGUAGAGGGUAAGCAUUUAGGGGCAUUGCAUGUUAGAGGACAAGAACAGGACAAAUCGCACAAAUAAGGAAUAAUAUAUGUAAAACCACUGAAAAAGAAGAUGAUGCAAUGUUGUUUUUGCAAACUAGAGCCCCAGGCUAAAACACUGAAAAGUCUUAUUUCACCCAAUUCUUUGUCACAAUGCACUCAUUUGCCUACCAUGCAUGUCCACAUGCUGACUUGACAAAGGCCUUACUUGGCCGAAAUGUUGUCUUUUCUUAUGCUGCAGCUGCUAAUAAAGUAGCACAAGUAUUUCUUAUUUUAUGCAUGUCAAUAUAGGCAGUAAAACAAAGCUCCUUCAGGCUCAGUCUGGUAGGAUGAGAAGGAACAUUUAGUCCAAGCUGGCCACUCAAGAUAUGUUAAUCCUGUGCCACAGUAAAGAUAAAAUGUCCUCUCCACCAGAGUCCAUCAACCUAAGUGCUUGCCCUUAUCAGAAGCUACAUUCGAGGUACCAUUUUUCAGGCAGGUUUCUCGGAGACAACUCUCCUAAUCUUUGUGAUUGUGACCCUUUAAUUUAAGCACAACAUAGUGUAAGACAUCUGGUCAGGAAUAUUGCCUGUUGGAACUUAGGUGGAAAUCCUUGAUGUGUGCAUUCUAGUGUGUCAGAAGCAGCUUGUGAUUGCCAGUUUGGCUAGACUAGGCUAGGGUAAUAUCUCUGCUGAGAGGCCUUUUUAUAACCUGAUCGAGGCUUAGAAAGUGCUGUGUCUGACCAGUGCUCACAUCUCAGUGCUGGUGCCUCUCUUGGACCAAGGUAGUAUAAUGACGUGUAUUUAGUCUGGAGCCCGUUAUUAAGGUCAGUUUCUUGUGGCAUGGAUAACCUCCACCAAUCCUAGGGGAGGUAGUAGGGGGAGCUUGGGCACCUUUACAAUUAUAUACCAAGUUACCAAAACAAGUGAGCAGCCAUCUCCACUGUCCUGUACAGGUUUUGCCAUAAGUUGCCUAGUGCUAAUUCAGUGUGAGCGGACUCCAAACUCUUCUUGGGAUAUUCCUGAGAGGAAUCAAGUGGAAUGAUAGAACAUUCCAGCAUUCGUUAGGGGGGCUGCAGUGCCUUGCGUCUUCUCACCAUGGCAAUCUGGAACCUCGCAUUGAUGUCCUUUUGAACUAUUUUUUUAUGUUAAAUUCCCUUUGGGACACUUUUUUUUUUUUUUUGCUAUAAAAAAAUAGCAAAUCUACUUAGUGAGAGAAUGUGUCCUCAUUCUUACUCCGUGGUCUGGAGAUUUUUCAGCAUUGUUAUUUGGAGCAGAUGGUUAUUGGUGACUUGUUGUUAGCUGGAUUUUGUUAGCUUUAUUGUAGUUCUGGGGAAACUAAGUGGGAGAUCCAAGCACACACUCGAUUUUCUACAGAGAUGCAUUUUUCCGCCUGCAGAGCAGGGGCAGGAAAGCGUUUAAUUGAAAUUGAUACUACACAUUCAUGUAAAAGCAAUAGAUUUAUAGAUGUCCCCAAUGGAUGUAAAAACAAGUCUGAACCUGUAUUUAGAGAGAGAAAAAACAACAUAAAACACUUAAACAAUGGAACUCAAAGAGGGAAAACCCCUUGUCAGACUGCCAGUCAGAUUUUUCAUGUCCUGUUUAGAAUUCCACCAGUACCGUAUUUUAUGGAAUGUUACUGAAGAUUUACUUUUCAGAGACAUUGCAACAAAAAAUAAUCAUACUAAUUAUAUAUAUAUAUAUAUAUAUAUAUAUAUAUAUAUAUAUAUGUAUAGUACAUUAAUAUUUAAAAAUAUGUUUAGAUAUUUAUUAAACCACAGCAACUGUUUUAUUAUAGAGAGUUGUUGGGUGGUGAAAUAGUCAAAUCAGAACACUAUAACGCAAAUAAAGGAAAUAGAAGGGACAGAUAAGAAAACCCCAGCAACUGUUUAAUUGUACAGUUAUCCACCGAAGAUUGUUUUUGUUUUUUUUUACUUUUUUUUUGUUGUUGUUGCAUUUUGUGCAUUAUUUGUUUGUUUGUUUUAUCCUGUAUUGUAUCUGCUAGUACAGUGAGUAGGUUUCUGAGUAAGUUUCUCUUCUAUGCUUCUAUGGGUGAUUAUUUCUGAUGACUUAAAGGUAGGCAGACAAUGUAAUAGAGCAGCAGGAAAUGCUAGCAGAAUGCUUGGUUGUAUAGGGAGAGGUAUUAGCAGUAGAGAUGUCGCGAACCGUCCGCGAACUUCUCGCGAACGGUUCGCCGCGGUUGAAACAUGAAUGCUGUCCAGGAAGUAGGAGAGUCUGGGAGGGAGGGUCUGCUGGAGAUUGGCCGGGACGUGUCAGCUGACCGGAGUUCGCCGCGAAUAGCUCGUGGCGAACCGUUCGCGAGAAGUUCGCGGACAGUUUGCGACAUCUCUAAUUAGUAGUAGAAAGAGGGAAGUGCUCAUGCCAUUGUACGGAACACUGGUGAGACCUCACUUGGAGUAUUGUACGCAGUACUGGAGACCGUAUCUUCAGAAGGAUAUUGUUACCUUAGAGAGGGUUCAGAGAAGGGCUACUAAAUGGUUCAUGGAUUGCGGGAUAAAACAUACCAGGAAAGGUUAAAGGAUCUUAACAUGUAUAGCUUGGAGGAAAGACGAGACAGGGGGGAUAUGAUAGAAGGGAAUCAACACAGUAAAGGAGGAGACUAUAUUUAAAAGAAGAAAAACUACCACAACAAGAGGACAUAGUCUUAAAUUAGAGUGUCAAAGGUUUAAAAAUAAUAUCAUUUGAUUGACUUUUUAAAUGCAUUUAUACAUCUCAUGUACUAAGAAAAUACAAUUUUACUGAAACAGCUGUAGAUGCAAUCCAUAGAAUUUCAUCAGAAAUGGUGAGGGAUAAAACACACUGGCAAUUAUAAGCCAUUAAUAAAAGAUCAAAGCUGUGUUUGGAUGAUACAAUUCAAUGUACCCUAUAUGUUGUCAAACUACAUUUAUGUAUCUCUGUUUCUAUUUUCUAUGAGAUUCUUUUUUGGUUGAGACAUAUAGUGGGUUAUGUAUACAAAACAAUCCUUGUGUAAACGUCUGUGAGUGGAAAAAAACAUGGAGACCAAUGGCGUUAGCUGAAAAUGACUUUUCAUUUACACUUUGCUACAUUAUUGCUCUGUAUAUCUUACUGCCUUAAUGUACUUGUUGAUGGCUGUUUUCAGACUUAUUUCCAUAAAGAUCUUACACUGUUAUUUAUUUAUUUUAUGUCUUCUAGGUUUACCCAUCAGCACCUAUGCUAAGUACUGUUACCGCAAACUACAGAAAGUCGCAAUUACUGGGGGAAAGAAGGUAAAUUAGAAACCAAAUAAAAAUAUGUGUCUGUGUAUUUUAUUGAUAUAACCCUCCAUUGAUUAUAUGACUUUUUGAUUGCCCUUCAUGUUUAUAAUCGCAAAAAUAACUGUAGUACACUUAAAACUAUAUAUUAAGUCUGUUUACAAUAGAAUUAUGUUUACAUUUCUACACAAAGUUGUAUGUGCAUCUGUCUCCAGCUAGGCCCUGGUUAAUUUGGGUGUAGUUUGUCUUUAAAAAAACUAAAUAUGUUACUUUUUUGGGAGCUGUAACGGAUCACCUGGCACCCCGACUGGGUACCUCCGUUGAAGGAUGCUCCUAGCGCUUCCUGAGGGCUCCAAGCACUCCAGCAGAGUGUGCAGAGCAUAGCAAUCCCUUGUAGCAGAUUCCCCCAAUAAGAGACGGCACUCCAAAUUGAGGGUGAAGUAGAACUGACUGUACUGGCAUAUACAGCCUCUUUUAUUCACAUUCUACAAACAUAGUACUGCCCACAAGGUUUUGAAGAACAACCAAUCAACACAUUACAACACAGCUAACACUCCCAUUCGUUACAUCAGAAAUCCUCCCCUCUGCCUGUGAUACAAUUAUCUCAACACAAUAGACUAACUUAAUUAUCACAGGCAAGAAAAUACAGUAUUAUAAAACAUAUCACAGGGACCCCAAAACAUGCAAUAACCCCAUAAAAAAUAUAUUCUCGGAACUGGGGGAUCUGGGUGAACCACAUAUUCAAAAUUCACCCAGAUCCUUUCAGUAGUUUGGAAGAUACGGUUUAAUGCAGAUUCCGCAGAACAUAUACAGGCUAUAUGAAAAAUAAUUACUGUUAAAUGUGUCCCCUGUUCUGUAGUUUAAAACUACUGCACGAUGUCUUUGUGCACCAAAUACCGGCGAGAUGGCACCGUGUAGAAAAGUCAAAACAGUGUCUGUGAGUUAAAAUGGCCGCCAUCCAUUGUUGUCACCAUGUGCUUCAUCCAUUGUUCUCACCAUGUGCCUCUGAUACAUGAAAUGGUGGCCACCCAGUAACUCCACAGUUUGUCUGGUAGUCUAUCCAGCCGAACCAACAGAUGAAACACAUGGGGAACAGUGCAACAAACGAAGGGAAUCAAAAAUAUGGACAAUAGUCAUAUUUGUGCACAAUCUCCAGUUUUGUCACAGGGCACAAAUAGUGUUUUCAAAUGCCAUAUAUCCCAGGGCCAUAGUCAGAAGGUAGGAGGCAGGCAAGCAGCCCCCUCCGAGAACACAUGACGAGGUUUGUUCCGCCACAGGAGCUAUCAUUUUAAGAUCAUCUCUGUCAUUCCCCUAAAUAUAUCCAAAAUUAAAAACUAGAACGACACUCUCCAAACAAAAAGGAUCAACACUAUGGUGCCACACAAACUAAGGGGACUACAAAUCCCUCACAACAUAAAUUGACUGUUCUACUCUACUAAAGUCUAUGGUUUGGAUAGCUCAUGUGUGUGACAGGAGAUCAAUGUUUUAUUCACCUAAAUAUAAUCCUAGUUGUUGGCAGUCAGUAGAGUUAAAGGAACACUGUAGCAUUAGGAACACUAACCUGUAUUCCCCACUUCCACCCUAAAAAAAAGUUUUUUACUCACCUUUACUCGGUGCUGCCAGCAACUCUGCAUCCUGCAAUGUCAGCUGGCUCUCCCACUGGUGUCUAAUCCAAUACUACUCGUACUUCUCAUAGAGGAGCAUUGGAAACAAACAUGCAUACAUUCCACGCACGCAUCCAAAUAUCAAAAUGCUUCACAUGAGUUUUAUAGAGGUGGGUUUAACCCUGAAAUGUAAACAUUUUGACAUUGCAUGGUUAAAACGAAAGGACUAUUGCACUCAGACUACAUCACUGAGAUGAAGUCGUCUGGGUGACUGCAGUGGUCAUUUAAAUGGACACUCUAAGCACUUAAACAACUUUAGUUGAAUAAAUCUGUUCUGGUAUAUAGAUUGCCUCUAGUCUUACUGCUCAGUUUUCUGUCAUUUAGCAGUUAAAUCAUUUUUUUAUGCAGCCCCGGUCACACCUCCCAGGUUAUGACUCACACUGCCUCCAUAAAAAAAAAGUUUUUAAUUUUUCAAUCAGAUUUUACAGCAUGGUGUGUUUAAUUUAGAGCUUUUUAUCUCCUACUCUAUUUGAACAUAAGUCUCACACGUGAGUCUUUUGAAAGCUGUUGCAAGGAAUUAACAAAGCAGAAGUAAGAAAUUCUAAAUUAAACACACUGUGUGAUAAGGCAAGUUAAGUAAAACAAACAACAAAUUGGACUCUCUUUUAGAAGCUAUGUAGGGAAACUGUGUGGGCAACAUGCAUGGAGGUGUGACUAGGGCUGCAUAAACAAAGUGAUUGCUUAGAGUGUCCCUUUAAGAUAAGAAAGGAGAGAAUUGUGUCAUUAUAAAAACAGGAACACAAUGUUUUGUUCUACAUUAUUGGUGAAAUUCACAUUGCAGCAGAAAUAGCUUGGCAGCUGAGGGAACUGAAAUAUUUCUUUUGUCUUUCUUGGUGAACCUCGUAUCGUUUCUCCGGUCCCUGCAGGAGCUGUGGUUUUCUUCUUUGAUUUAUUAACUUUCGGUUUCUAUGUGGAUUUUAACAUCCCUAUGUAAGGACAUGCCAUUAACUCUCAGCAGGGGUGCAUUUUACAGCAAUCCCUUUUUGGCCAAAGACCUGAUGUCUGCCAUGACACUCAAAAAAGGACAACACUCACAGGCCCUAAAUCUCGUAAUGCAAAUAUCACUUUUCUAGAUAAUUUUGCUAUUCGUUUUGUAGAUACAGUGUGUUCUGUACUUAUAUUCCCCGUAUCGCUGUACUUUGCUGGAGGAUUGUCCUGGCUGUAAUAGAUAGGUGACAGAAAACAUUUGUUUUAACAUCUGUUUUAUUAUCAUUCUUAAUCCAAAAUAGGGCGCAGUUUUUUUUACUCCAGAAUGUAUAUGUCUCUGUCUCUCUCUCGCCCCUAUCCCACCUCACAAAUUCACACACACUGCAUUCACUGUACAAACACUUCCUCCUUGACACACACUGCGUCCCCUAAACUCACUGGAUUUCCUAUACACACACACACAUUACAUCCCCUAUAAACAGACACUACAUCCUCUACAUACAUACACGCUACAGCCCCUAUACACACAUAAUACGUCCCUUAUACACUUAGCUGAAAUUUACUGGUUGUUUUAUUUAUAUUUUCUUCCAAAUUUCUAGUUAAAACAUAUGACUGCAUCUUAUAUUCAAAUACAUGUAUGGUGACAACGUAUCCCACAGUGCUUUAAAAUAGGUAGACAAGACAUGCGUGUAAGUUUAACGAAACACGUAAACAAGAGGCAGCUAGAGUCCUGCUCAAAGGAGCUUACAGUCUAAAUAAAGGAUUACUAGUAGUAUUUUAUACCAGGGAUAGAAACACCGCAGUUAUGCUAAAAGUCGCUCUCUGUUAUGCACUUAUAGUUAAUGCAAAUUGCAGUUUAGAAAUGGCUUCAUUUUUAACAUCACGAGCAUUAUAGCAUUACUAAAAGUGGCAUUUCUCCUCGUGAAGUUCCAGUAAAGAGAAAAGGGUAACUUUUGAAGACAUAUAGAGAAAGACAAAACUGGUUCCAAUACAAAAUGAUUUCAAUCACAAUAACCUUUCUAAAACCACUUUAACUGCACAACUAUUCUAUGAAUGUAAAACUCAGAAUUAAUGGUCCAAAACACAUACCAUGAAACAUCUGUUUCCAACUAAUUGUGAUUUAAUCCAUCUUGGUGACCCAGUUCCCAAUUAAACAUGGCCUUAGGUUUGUGUACACUACAAACAAGAAUAAAUAGUAAGGGCUACAUUACAAUGAAAUGGGAUUUUGUACAGCCAUACCGUCCUUCCCUGUGCAGGUCAGAACUGAGUAGCUUUUGAUACCCUGUCAUUCUUUCUGUUUCAGGGACUGAGGAAGCCAACACUGGAAGAGAUUGAGCAGGCCAGGAAUGCUAUCCAAACCCCAUCUCUCUUUGGAAGCUCCUUGGAGGAGAUUAUGGAGCGUCAAAGAGAGGUGUAUCCUGACCGGCGACUCCCCUGGGUGCAGACUCAGCUGUCCCAGCAAGUGCUAAACCUGGGAGGCGAGAAGACCGAAGGAAUAUUCAGGUACAUAUUUCACUAGCAGGUGACCGCUUAAGGGGACACCCUUAAAAAAUAAACAUUUAAAAAUAAUAAAACAAAUCAUUCUAAUUGUCCCAGGUUUGCAAGUAUUCCCUUGAGCGAUAUGUCCUGGCCAUCUACUGGCCUCCCAUUUCUUCAGUAGGAGAAUUCACGAGCAUGCACUUGAACAUUUCUCAAUGGAAGCCAUGCAGUACUGCUCAUGCAUAUGCUACUGGCCCAAAAGCAGCAUUUCACUCUCUGGAAUUAUUUAUAAAGGCCAUUGGCUCAAUUUAUUCACUUGUGCAAGCAGUUUUCAUUUCCCCCUAUUGUAAUUAAUCAGGGAUCCAGUUUCUUACUUCCUCUGUUUUACGUGGAUGCUCAUAACCAGGUAUUGGUAACUAAGCUGUAGUAGUUAUGGUGCUGGAAGUGUUCCUUUAACUGAGUCUAUACAUAGAAUCUUCAUAGCCUGUUAUUAAAGGGUUAAUAUGAUGAAGACUUUCAGUGUCAGCUCAUUAGAACAUUCCUUCAUAUUCAGACCACCAAAUUCUUAGAAUCAUUCCAUCAGUUGUCCACACCCAGCCGCAGUGCGCAGAGCAACCACAGUUAUAUUAAUAAAUUGCUUUCCAGUAAAUGGUAACAGAACAAACACUUGUACAUCUGCAAAGUGGUAUACAGACAGUAGCCAAACUCCUGUGUAUGACACCUCCGCUUGUGGUUACAGAGUCCCUGGGGAUAUUGAUGAAGUGAAUGCACUAAAAGUGCAGGUAGAACAGUGGAUAAUUCCGGAUACCCUCUCUGACCCAACCAUUCCAGGUGUGUACAUGUUUGUAUAUGUUAUUGAAAGCGUGCUUGAACAUUCUACUGAUCAAAAGUAGAACAUUGUAUAGCUAAUGCAAUGUGAAUGACAUUUUGUAACACUCAAUCCCAAACUGUCAGAUAGACACUGCAUUUAAACCGCAAUAAAAAAUAUGGAAAAUCUUUUUUUGUUUUAAAUGUCUAAAGAGGUUACUCUUACUUUAGGCCUUUUGUACUAUUUCAGUCCGUUUGCAGAUUGUGGUAAAGGUAUCAUAAUCAUUUGACCCUCGGCACCUUCUUACAAAUAAAUUAUAAUAUUUAUAAAAUAUAUAAUAAAUUAGGAGGUGUCACUUGCCCCAAGCAAACAAGUGCAAAUUCAAGCAGAAACACUGCACAUCCAGACUCCUAACACCAUAGUCACUUCACAAAGCAGAAGUGGUCAUGGUUGUUGGAGUAAGCCCUUAAGUUUUGUAUGAAUUCACGUUUAGGGAAGUUAAUAUUUUGCAGUUCAAGGGAAUAUUCUACCAAUUUCUUAUAUGUAUUUUUAGAACAAAUGAAUCGUUUUUAAGAGUUUUCUUUUUCCCCCUUCAAUUAAUGAAAAAUUCUCUGCACAUUCAGCUUUAAUUGCAGUUGCAGCAAGCCGAGGCCUCGAUUUAGUAAGAUUUCCAAGUGAUUAAAUUCUUUCAUUUGGAAAAGUUAUUCUAAUCAUUUGGAAUGCUUUUUAAAUUGAGGCCCAAGUUUAAUAGGCUAGUUUUAAAUGAAUUGAAUAUCUUUGAGGAAAACAAAGGUUAAUAUGAAAUGAAGACUAAGUGCACGAAGCGUCAGAUGGCCUAAAAGUACAGUCACCUUGGCUCUGUCUAAACACGUCUAUAAAUAGACUAUUGACAUUGGGUGGAUUGGUCGCUUGGAGCAUUCAAGGUUCUACACAUACCUCAGGCAGGAAGUGCUAAUAUAAUAGCAGUACUCUUGAUAACGCACAGGCCAAGCAGUGGAUGUACACUUUAUACAUCUAGCAGGAAAUCCCAAUAUUAAAGGAACUCUAGAGAGUGGAUUUUUUUCACCCAUUUUUAAACGCAUCCAAAGGAUAAUAAAAAAAACAAAAAAAAAAGUGGAGUUUUCUUGGGAUAUAAACUGAUUGCUCUUUCAUUUUGAAACCAGGAAUUGACUGAAUUCCUUCUGCCAGUCGUGCAUGUGCAGAGAACAUCAUUUCCCUUAAAACUAAAAAUAAUUCUAUACACUCUCUUAAGAGUGAAAAGAAAAUGUCUACAGUUUCUUUCUAUCUAUCAUAUUUCUUAUGAAAAAAAAAAAAAACAUACAUUUUCUAUUUGUUAUUGUGAUUGCAUGAACAAGCACCUAAAGUUUAAAUGUAAAAAAAUAUAUAUUAAUCUGUCGGACAUUGCAUGUUUUAUGUUAAAAUGUGUGUCAAGCUCUUUGAUGGAUGAGGUUAGUUGUAAAACAAUUUAAAGGAGUUUUUUUUCUGUGUCCUCCCAGCAUCCCUCUUGAAACUGUGGUACAGAGAGCUCGAGGAGCCACUGAUCCCUCAGCAGUUUUACAAGCAGUGCAUCAGCAACUAUGAAAAUCCUGAUGCAGCCGUAUCUGUGGUUCAACAGCUUCCAGAGCUCAACAGACUUGUUCUCUGUUAUCUCAUCCAUUUCCUGCAGGUAGGACAUUUACCCAGAACCUUGUUUGGUGCUCCUCGUAUGUUUGAUACUUGAAAACCAAGUGUGUUGGUUCUUCAACAGUAUUAUAUAACUGUAGCCAUGGCCUCUAUUGAACUUCCGUAGCAGUGUGAUUUUACAUGUAAAACUAUGUAAAUUCCAUCCUAGCACAAGCACAAUUCCAUCCAAGUAUGAGUGAUGUUCUGUGAGAUUACCGGAAGUAGUAGAGUAGAUCUGAAAUUACAGAAGAGUUAGAAAUUAGUUUACUACUCUCCCAGUCUAUGGUGCAGAGUGGACAUUAGAUCCAUUCCCGGUCUGAGGUUUGAAGGAAUGUGGUGACAUGAAUUUGCUUGUGUGAUAGAUUCAGCUAUGCAUUUCAACAUUUUCUCCUUCUCUUUUUGCUAAACACAGGUUUUCUCAAAGCCAUCUAAUGUGGGCACAACAAAGAUGGAUGUCAACAAUCUGGCCAUGGUGAUGGCUCCCAACUGCUUGCGGUGUCAGUCAGAUGAUCCCAGGAUUAUAUUUGAGAACACUCGCAAGGAGAUGUCCUUUCUGCGGAUGCUUAUCAUCCACCUAGACACUAGUUUUGUUAGGGGUUUGCUCUGAGGGUGAAACCAGUAGCUAACCUUGUUUUUGAUCCUGUUACCUGUACCCAACCUUACUUCGUUCAUUUGAGAGCUGCGUUUUCUUCAGGUGAAGAUUUGAAAGAUUUGUUCCAUGAGCUAGCCAAUCAGAGACUUCUCAGGAGUUUUACAGCACUUUGUCGCUAUCGUUUGCCUGGAAUCUGUUACAUCUUUGUGGUUCCCAAACUUAUGUAAUUACCACAAGCUCCACUUCAUUUUCUUUGAGUUAAUAUUUGUAUUAUUUUUUAAUCAUAUUUGGUUUGUAGCACUGUGAGGAAAACUACUACAUUUCUUCCCGGCAAGACUCCGGCCGUGGGUGCUUCAAUUUCCAGCACUCUGCUCUUUUCUUCUGAAAUCCUUUUUAAAAUCUAACAGAGAGAAGAUACGAGCUUGGUUCAUUUUAUGUGAAAAUCAAGGUUUUAUUUUAAUUUUAUUCUUUUAUUAUCCCUGGAAUGACUGCACCUCAUAAUAUUUUACUUUUUUUUUUUUUUUCGUUAUUACGGUUUUAUCUUUUAUUGGGGUGCUUGACAUGUUGGACUGUAAAAUCAGGCCCACUGCUUGAUUGCAAUUACUUUCCUUCAAUGUCUGGAAGAAUUUAAAAAUAUUUGUGUAUUUUUCUGUGCAGUGUACAGCGUUAAAUAUGUUGUGUAUAUUGUGCAUCCAUCAGUACAUUGAUAGCGGACACCAGCACUGCAUUAAUUAAUGAACUACAUUUCACAUGGGGCUGAGCCAAACCCAACACUGGCAAAGCAUCAUGGUAGAUCUAGUUCUGCUUUGCCGAAGUCAGCCAUCACUGUACUAGGGGUUUAGUCAAACUUCACAGCAAAUAGCAGUGGGCAAAUGUGAAUGUCUUUAUAGAUGCCGACUUUUCCUUUAAUUACUUUAAUUUAUUUAUAUUUGAUUCGGUGUCCAACGUUCUCCUUUGUUUACGUGCAAAAGUUCUAGAUAAAUGUCAAGGCUCUUGAUAAAGUGCCAUAUUCUCUUUUGGCUACUGAAAAAAAAGGAGUUUUAAUUUGAAUUGUCCAAAUAUUAGGAAGGAUCCAUAAUUCCUCCACCUCCUACUAAAGAAAAAAAAAAGUUUACAUUAGAUGUAGAUGCCAUCGCGAUUUACCUUUAAAAUUAGGUCUGUAUGUCAAUGUUCAUAUAUAAUAUUCACGAUCCAUGCAGUUGUGCGGUGUGCAGAUAACAUUCACAACCCAUGUUUCAAAUGUGCCUUUGUGUAUUGCGAUAAAAGAAUAGGUUUCAGAAUUUUGAGAUGUCUAGAUGAUGACUUUGCCUCUAUAAAAACCUUCCGUACUGCCUCCUUGCAAAUUCCUGAUUUCUUGUCUCUUCCACUUUAAGUUGUCACUGUGAUGUAAUCAUUUACACCAAAACCGAGAAAGUGCUACUUCCGCGGCACCUCCACCUAGAUAAUGUAUUUAUCUAAUAAAUAUAUAUAUUUAUAGUUUUGAUGCAGUGUGUGUGUGUGCUGGGAUAUAGAAAUGCUUGAUUAUGUGUGUGUAUGCUUGUAGAUACCUGCGUGUGUGCUUUUGAAUGUAUAAAUAUAUAAAAACUUGAACAGCUGUAUAUUUUUUAUAGGAACAUGAAAGGUUAAAUAUAAGCAGUUUAAAAGCAGCAACAUAGCCCAUUGUAUUUGUAUGAGUAUAACAUGUUUGUUUUUUUGAUACAAAAAAUAAAUAAAUAUAUAUAUAUAUACAUAUAAUAACCAUGUGGCCUUCAGGACAUAUGUAGAUUUUGAGGAACUUGUCUUUUUGGAUUCCUGCUUGGCUAACAGUAGGCAGCUAUAGGAGCCCUCAUUUCACAAAUCCCCAAUUUUAUAUGCAGCUUUCUUAAUAACAAAAAAAGAAAAAAAAAAUGGCCCAAAAAGUAAAUUCUCUUUCAUUACCUUUGAUACAUAUAGAGACUUGUGACUGGUCAUAUGCAGAGAGAACAAUUACUGAAAUUUGUGUUUUUUUUGUUUACUUGCAGAAGUUCAAGUUCUUGAAAAAGAGGAAGUUUCACCAGAAAGUAAAUUAACAUGGUAUAUAGUUAAAGGGACACUCUAACUUUGAAAAAUAAAUGUCGUAUUUUUAAGUCAGAUGUGUCCCUUUAUCCAUUUAGAUUAAUGGCCCCAUUCUUCUUUUUAAAAGAAACACGUGAGUCGUAUGACAAGCAUUAGCCGUGUCUGGCUAAUUAUGACGCUGAACAUGAAGACCUUUGAAAAUCAAAGGAUCUGAAGGAGCUAGCAGCUCUGAUGGCUGACUGUUUGACAGCCACUAGAGGCAUGUUCUUGGCCAAGUGUAAGCAUUACCAUUUGUCAAAAAUGGCAAUGUUUUAUUUUGUCAGACAAAAAGAUGUCCAGCACUCCUUAUUGUUCAGACUUUAUGGUUAGCAACCAGCACUUCAUAAAAAAACAGACAGCUGUAUGUAAGUUUUUUUGUUUUUCUGUGAUUGUCAUGCUUAUACGUAGUUACCGUCUGCUGCAUUUAUGAUCCCCCAUUGCAUUGAAAUAUUUUGAGAAAACAAUUUGUUUUCAUGUGGGCAAUAACCUUUCAACAAUAAUUCAGAACCUUUUGGUAAACUUGCCUGUUUUUAUAAUGGUGUUUUUUUAAAAAAGGCUCUGUUGAUAGGUGCCAUAUAUCUAUGGUUAAUUAUUUGUCUGUUAAAAUAGGACAGGAUUUUUUUCUAAAUGAGUGAAUGUUUCAAUUUGCCUGAAUCAAGUCAAUAUGACUCGUUUUUACAAAGAUUGAAAAAAACAAGCAUGACAUAUGUUGACUGUGGAAGCACUGGUUUGAUUUAUUUCAAAUAGAGCCCGUCAGCUUUGAGGCUAUUACCCUCCCCUUGCUCAGAGUACACUGCACAGAGGGUGUGUAUAAAACAUACAUCCCUGAAGUAUAUAUUUUCUAUAAUCGUCUCAAAUAACAAGGGAGAUGAUGUCAUACUAUAAUACAAAAGAUGAAAAUGUGACCUGUUCUGUAUUGUUCUAAAUAUGCUGCAGGCUUAUCCCUCCACUUUCAAAUGGGUCUACCUAUCCCUUUGCCUAUUCAUGAGCUGUAAUUAGUGAUGUCAGCUUAGUCAUUCUUGAUUUGGCUCAUUUAUACUCCACAUGCUUCCGAGCAGCCAUGAAAAAUGUGGAAACACGCAACUGAUGUGUGAUGUCCUUAGGGUCCAUCAAUUUAUUUAGUUCCAUUGAUCAGUGCAUUUUAUUGGCCUUUUCUAUGGAUCAUCUGGUUCUGUGUAGAAUUACGUGCCCAGAAAAGAAUGAUAGACUUGGCAACCCUAGUGUGACAGUAAAACUAGGGUGGAACUCCGGGCUGUGUCUUCUUGUUGUUCCUUAAAAAUUAAAGAUGUUCAGUCUUUUUAUACUGAGAUGUAUAAAUUACUGUAAAUAGAAUAUUAAAUAUAUUACUUUCUAUUCUUUAUUUGUUUCUCUACUCAUCUGGUCAUCUACAUUGAAUAUGUUUAUAUCAAACCGUUGGUGAUUUACUUGUCUUGUGCUCUGCCUGACACUGUGGAAGCAACGAUGUAAAUAAUUAGAACUGUAUCACGUACUUUGCGCUUUUUUUUUAAAGUUCUGCCAUGUAAAACAGAUUGCCCCGUAUUCCAUAUGAUCAUUAUAGUUUUAACUGUUUACAAUGAAAAUGUUGUGCCAUUGUUAAAAUUACUGUACAAUAAAUGUGUGGUGGGAAUUCUGAAAAUGAUCUGUGUCUUCUGACUGGGGAUGUUUGCAAUGUUCUGAUCCUGUUCUAGAAUGUACACUACACUGGACCUCGCUAUAAGAUGUGUGCUCAUUGAACUACAGGUGCUUCUGCUUUAUAUUUCGUUCAAAUAAAAUUUUACAGUUUACCUACUUUGUCAUGUUUCGUAAUUUCUCAGUGGGAUUACUAAGCAAGCAACUAUCAG